AUGGCCGAGGCCGUGAGACCACGGAAAGUCCGGAGCAAGAGCAGGCAGGACAAGGUAACCGGGGACAGGGGCCGCUCUGUGACAUCUACCGGGAGACCGGGCCCACACACCUCCCAUCACAGCUCCCAUCACUCUCAGUACAGCUCCCAUCACCCUCAGUACAGCUCCCAUCACCCUCAGCACAGCUCCCAUCACCCCCCAGUACAGCUCCCAUCACCCCCCAGUACAGCUCCCAUCACCUCUCAGUACAGCUCCCAUCACUCCCAGCAGCUCCCAUCACCCCAGUACAGCUCCCAUCACCUCUCAGUACAGCUCCUAUCACCUCUCAGCACACAGCUCCCAUCACCCCACACAGCUCCUAUCACUUCUGUGUACAGUCUCUACUGCCUCCUCAGUACAGCCCUAUCACCUUCAGCACAGCUCCCACACCUCUCAGCAUAGCCUUCCCAUCACUCCCCAGUACAGCUCCCAUCACUCUCAGUACAGCUCCUAUCACCUCUCAGCACAGCUCCUAUCACCCCUGUGUACAGCCUCCCAUCACCCCAGUACAGCUCCCAUCACUCCCAGUACAGCUCCUAUCACCUCAGUACAGCUCCCAUCACUCCCCAGUACAGCUCCCAUCACUCCCCAGUACAGCUCCCAUCACCCCUCAGUACAGCUCCCAUCACCUCAGUGCAGCCUCCCAUCACCUCAGCACAGCUCCCAUCACCUCUCAGCACAGCUCCCAUCACCCCAGUACAGCUCCCAUCACCCUCAGUACAGCUCCCAUCACCCUCAGUACAGCUCCCAUCACCCUCAGUACAGCUCCCAUCACCCUCAGUACAGCUCCCAUCACCUCUCAGUACAGCUCCCAUCACCUCUCAGUACAGCUCCCAUCACCCUCAGUAUUACCUGAACUCAAGACAAACCCCCACCAUGCCCAGUACUACCUGACCACACUACAACCCCCACCAUCCCCAGUACUACCUGACCACACUACAACCCCCACCAUCCCCAGUACUACCUGACCACACUACAACCACCACCAUCCCCAGUACUACCUGACCACACUACAACCCCCACCAUCCCCAGUACUACCUGACCACACUACAACCCCCACCAUCCCCAGUACUACCUGACUCAUACUACAACCCCCACCAUCCUCAGUACUACCUGAUCCAUACUACAACCCCCACCAUCCUCAGUACUACCUGAUCCAUACUACAACCCCCACCAUCCUCAGUACUACCUGACCCAUACUACAAACCCCCACCAACCUCUGUACUACCUGGCCUAAUUACAACCCCCACUAUCCUCAGUACUACCUGACCCCACUUCAAACCCCACCACCCUCAUCACUACCUGACUUAACCACAACCCCCACCACUCUCCGUACUACCUUACCAAACUAAAUACCCCACCACCUUCCGUCUUACCUGACCUCACCACAACCCCCACCACCCUCGGUUCUAUUUGAUCUCACUACUGCCCCCACCACCCUUGUUACUACUUGAUCUCACUACUGCCCCACCACCUUCAGUUCUAUCUGGCCUAACUAUAAACCCCACUACUCGGCCACAUACUGCUACUGCCCCCACCCUCGGUACCACCUGACCUCACUAGAACCCCCACUACCCUCAGUACUAACUAACCUCACUACAACCCCCACUACCCUCGAUACUAACUGACAUCACUACGACACCCACCAUCCUCAGUACUACCUAACCUCACUACAACUCACACUAUCCUCAGUACUAAUUGACCUUACUACAAACCCACCACCCUUGGCACUAGCUGACCACACUGCAACCCCCACUACUCUCAAUACUACCUGACCCUCCCUACAUCCCACACAGUGCUACUUUAUCUCACUCUGCCACUAACCUCGCACAGCCACAAACACUACCCUCAGUACUAUCUGAACACACAACUCCCAUUGCUCUCAGUACUACUUGGCCUCACACUGCUACUCCCACUAUUUUGUCUGCUCUACCAGCCAUCAUACUAAAGCUCUCCCCACUGUCAAUACCCUCCUGAGCGACAUCUGCCUGUCAACUCGGUUACCACUCAUACAAAAACUAUUACCACCAUUAAUACUAAUACAUUAACCCACUUCAGUCAUGACAUCACACAGAAGUUUUCAUAACCCUCAUUACUGUCUCACACUGCAACUCCUCCUACCCCCAGUGUAGGCUGACAUCUACCGGGAGACAGGGCCCACACACCUCUCAUUACAACUCCCAUCACCCUCCCGGCCUUUGUACUUAAUUUGCACCUUUACUUAUUCUUUAUAUCAAUUGGUCAUCCCUUCUAUUGCAACUACCAUCACCCUUCACACCUCAGUACCAACAUUACGAAGUAGCUUCCACCAACUUCAGUGCCGUCUUAGGUCUGUCUGUCAGGUCUACCACCAUCAUACUGCAUUUACUUCCACUUUCAUUACUGAAUAACAGCUGUCUGUCAAAACUCAUACUGCAUUGAAAACAACCUCAGCAACCAAUUCCAACAUGUACCUCAUGGUUACCGACUUUGUAUUUGGCUUUGUGCUGCAACUCCCAUCACCCUCACUAUGGAUACCCGCUUUCCUUCUUGCUUAUUCCCAUCACCCUGGGCACAUUUAGUGUGGACAGACUAUAUUUCUAUAGCCACUCCACUAUCCUCAAUAGUGAAUGGCACCUACCUGUUAGUCCCCAUACAGCUACCCCCUCCCUCUUCAGUGUUUUACAUACAUCCACUAGUCAGCCCUUCAUUUGGCCUUAUACUGCAAACUUUAGCAUACACAGUGAAUGAAUCACAGUAUCACUCUAUACAUUCUGACCUAACACUGCAACUCCUAUCAUUCACAUUAUAUGCAUUUCAUGCAAUGACUUUAACUGUGUGAGCACAUUUUGCAGAAUGUUCUCUGGUGUUGUAAACAAAAAAGAUAUAAAAAAAUUAAAAUUGGGACCCCUCAGUCGGGACUGUCCUCCUGAUUGAGACUGUUAAUGGAUCCAUUAACUGCAUUUGCAAACACGUGAGAUAUAAUGUUGCAGUUUUUGUUUACUCUUUUGGGUGUUUGAGAACCUUUACUGAUUUAGCAAAUGUCUGCUAUCAAAUCAUGGUCUUGAUUUAAUGUUUUUGGAUAAGCAUUUCAAAUAUCAAAAAAUAUAUUGUAUAUAAAUGAAUGCAUACAAAAAAUAUUAAAAAAAUUUAAAUUCAAAAUUGAUAAAAAAAAAGUUUAUCUGACAUGUUUAAAUCAUUUUAUGAUUUAAUUUUAUCUUUUUAUUUUUUAAUGCCAUUAAAUUGUAGCUUUAUAUUUUUCGCUGUCACUUUUAUGUGUGCUGGCUUGAGUUUUUGUGAAGGUGUGAUGUACAGGGAAUUUUAUUUACAUUUUUAUUUAAAUUAAAGAUGGGUCUCAUGAAAGUCUAGUCAUUAUAGAAAAAUGGAUGUAUGGAUUGGACACUUUCAAUGUUACCUUAACAUUUGUUGAUUUGCUGUUAUGUGCUCUUUUAAAGAAGUUCUCUGUCUUAGAAAUUUGUAUAACUCUGAUUGGUUUUGGUAUCCUUAUGACAGUCAUGGCACUAACCAUUUACUUUUUCAGUAAAUCAAUUUUUAUUUUACAAAAUUAUGGCAGACAAGAGAUACUAAGUAACAAAGAUGGUAGUCCAAAAAAAAAAUUAUAUGGUCAUUUGCAAAGAAAAGUUGAAAGCCUGAUAUUUCAUGGUGAGGCCCGCAGUUGUCAUAAGAACACUAUCUACAUAAAAGCUGGAGGUAGAUGUUGGAGGAGAAGAAAUUGUAAUGAGAAGCCUAUGGAGAGAGGACAAUUAAUUAUCUUCUGAGAUUUAGAUCCCAUGAUCCAAAUGUAUGCUUAUGUGAGUGUGUUAUGCAGAGAGUGUAAUUACAUUUAUGCAAAAUUUAGGAGAGUAUUACUUUUUCAAUAUUUUCAAAUUAAUUUACACCAUUAAUGCUUUGUGUGAGUUUGAAGACCUCUUACAAGCAUCACCGUUACAUAUGCACUUUGCGUAGGUAAUGUACUCCAAGCUCCCAGUCCCUAUCUCCCUAAUCUUUCCAUAUAGCUGUGGUGAUUUUGUAAAAAUGUAGGUUUACAUAUUCCAUAAGUACUAUGGGAUAUGUACUGUAUCUCUCACAUUAAGAUGCCAGAAUUGGAAUAGAAAUAUCUGCCACUUCUGGCUUCAUGCUGAAACAUAGAAACAUAGAAGCCGCAGAUUUGCAACAAAGAAAUAAUAUUCAGAGGCAUAUGCCUUUGUAAGUUAUGAUCUUUACAUUUUUUGCAUAGCUAGCUGAAUUAUUGUGGUGACCUCAUGUUAUUUACUCACAUGGAAUAACAAUUUGAAAAUAAUUGAUGCUUCAUGUAGCUAUGACAACAGGACAAGAUAUUCAAGUAGUGCUGCUGACCUCAGUGCUGAAUUGCGUUCCACCCUCUGAUGUAAUGCUGCAGCACAUGAACAGGUGGACUGUUAUAGAAAAUAUAUUUGACCUCUUAUGAUGAGUGCUGUUGCUGGGAUAGUCUCAUAAAAUGUAUCCUACAAUAUGAGUGAGGGAUUCGUUAUGGAACUUGUUUAAAAAUGUGGCAUUUAACUGCAAGUAGUGUGAUUGCUAAGUAAAUGUCAAUAAGCUCUGUUCUGGACAUGGAUGAGUUGGUAUCAGCUCGUUACUCUGCAUUGCUAAUCUUGUAGUCACUCUCAGAGUGACUCCCAUACCAAGAAAUGUUGAGCAGAGUGAGCAUAAUGUUUUUAUAACAAAAAAAUAUUAAGAUCCAGAUACAGUGAUAACAGGUGUCCCAACAAUAUCAAUCACUUCCACUGAUCAUCAGUGACACAGUGGACUCCAUUUUUCCUCUUCACUGUGGUUGGGCAACUAACCACGAGGUGAGCUUCAGUACUUUGGCGUGUGAGGGGAGUAGCCAAGCUAAAAUUUGGGGAUAUAAAAAUAGUGGAAUAAGGCGGGUUUGAUAAGCAGAAUGUACUCUUUUUGGUAAUAUGUGCUAGCAUAGCAAGACUGGUUACUUAAAGGGACACUAUAGUCACCAGAACAACUGCAGCUUAAUGUAGUUAUGGUAUCUUUAGCCUGUCACUGCAGGCUUUUUUUAAUGUAAAGACUGCUUUUUCAGGCAUUAGCCUCCCAAUGCUUGCCUAUGGGAAAGCAGUGGAGUGGCUAAGAAUAUCAAGUUUGAUGAUUUCGGCCACAAAGGCGCGGCAUUGGCUGCGGCAUAACCGGCAUGGCUUGGGAGAAAAGGGGAGUAAAAGCAACUUUAAAAAGGAAUGCUGGGGUGUGGGAACUAAACAGUGAUUUUACCACUAUAAUGUCAGGAAUACAUGUUUGUAUAACCAAGGCUUAAAAUUUAAUAUAAUGUGUAAAGCAGAUGAUAAUGUCUGUAUAAUUAAUUAUGAAUUUAAAUCACUAAAAAGCUUACUGCAAUGUUUUAAUAUUUGUGAAAAUGUCUAUUAUACGCAGUCACAUGAUGAGUAAAUGUAUCUCCAACAAUCACCUUGUACACGGCUUGCAAUAUAAAAGAAUAAUUCUAGGUUGCAUGGCCCAACUAUGAAGAUUACCGGUAAUCACUCUUCAGUGCUAUAUUUAGCAUCAUGUGUAGUUAUUUGUGAUUGUUAAAUGAUAGGCACAGAGAAAUGUGUGCCAUAUCAGUCCCUGAACAUUUGGUAGAUUGAAUAGAACUGUAAUUAACAUUACCCAGUAGUUAUACAUGGAUAUGAAAUCAUCUUUAUAGAUCGUCUAAGUACCAAAAUCAUAAGUUUCAAUGCACAUUGUAGUGUUGUUGGUGCUUGGAGUAUUCCGUUAACACAGGGCUUGACAAAUUUUCUUUGAAUCUAGGAGCCAGCUAAAAACUUUUAAAAAUUUAUACUAACAAAACUUUAUUUUCAUAAACAAAAAAAUAAUUCUUAAAGUGCCACUAUAGUCACCAGAGCCAUUACAGCUUAAUGUAAUGGUUCUGGUGUCUAUAGCCUGUCCCUGCAUGCUUUUCAAUGUAAACACUGCCUUUUCAGAGUGGAGCUAGUACUGGCGCCUGGUGGGACUAAGGUAAGUUGUCAAACUAUGAUAAGAAUGUUUGGUUUUCUUACAGUGUGGUAUUAUGCCAGGGCACUUCUGGAGCCUAGACCACUACUCCUGGGCUGUAGUGGUUAUGGUACAUUAAGUGUUACGUUAACCCCUUAAAGGACCAGUAUAGGCACCCAGACCACUUCAGCUCAAUGAAGUGGUCUGGGUGCCAUGUCCCUCCUAGUUUUAACCCUUCAGCUGUAAACAUAGCAGUUUCAGAGAAAACAUGGUAUAAAAAAUUGUGUGUGUGUGUGUAUAUAUGUGUGUGUGUGUGUGUGUGUGUGUAUAUAUGUGUGUGUGUGUGUGUGUAAUGCAGACGGCAAUCCACAAUGCCUUUGUAAUUUUUAGAAAGGCAAAUGCGAGCUGAAAUGCACAUUUCUAUCAUUUCAGUUUCAGCUAAUUUCUGGGUUGCUUGAGUGCCACAGAGGGGGGCCAUCAGUGGAGCCUAAAAGAAGAAUGAAGGCAGGUCUCUUCUGCUACAGGAUUCCAUCAACCGCCAAAAAGAAAAACCCCCAGAAAAGGUGCAGGGUGUGUUACAAGAGGGGCGUAAGAGCUGAGACCAGUUAUUUCUGCUCUGAUUUCCCCUGUCAGCCCGGCCUAUGUAUUGGCCACUGUUUUAAAAUUUUCCACACCCAGGCCGAAUAAGUUUGAGGGUGUGAUUUUAGUCAUCUGUUUGGUUACCGAAUUUUGGCUUUGUCUCCCGUUUAUCCUGUCUUCUCUGAUCCUUGAACUCGGCUUGUCCUAUCGUUGUUCCAUUUCUCUUUACUCCUUUGACCUCGGCUUGUAACUUGGCUAUUCUCUGCUUGUAUAGCCCAGCCAUUAUAAGGACUGAUAUUACAAGUUUCUCUCUUUUGUGGUCUGUGUGUUUUUGUUCUGGAAUCUGUGACCGCGUUGCCCGAGAUGCAGAUAACUGGGUACUACCCCGUGAUAAGUUGACGCCAAAUAUUCCCCCUUUCACAGCAAAUAGUAUGCACUUGUUCAUAAAUUUAAUUCAUGAGCUGCUUAUGUUUAAAAAUAGAUGUGGCCUUUGAGAGGUAAUUUUACUCCAAUAUUUAGCAGAGAUUGGCGGUGAGAUGGCUACGUAAAAAGUGUCAAAAUAACUUUAGGUAAAUAGAUGUCUACUUUAUAUAAAUAUAUACUUUUUUUGUGGCAAUUUUGUUUUCUUUUAUAGCUAAAAUCGCUCCACAUUAAAAGUUUAUUUUACUCCUUAUGUUUUGUGAUCUGUACCUACCAAAAAAAAACCUUAAAAUCCUAGACACAUUAUAUAUUCUGUAAUUUAAAUUUAUUUUUAAUUACUUUCCUUAACCUGCACUAAUUAUGCAAGCAUUAAUUUUGCAAAAACUGUAAAAAAAAAAAAAAUUUAAUUUUUCCUUUUUUUUACAAUAAGUAUUUAUAUAUGUAUAUGUUACAUCAAAUUAAAUCCCUUUCUGUCCUUUAAAAAACAAAAUAUAAUGUGUUGGUGCAAUAAAUUUGUAUAAUGCAAAUUGCAAUUGAACGCAAACAACAAAAUACAAAAAUUGCUUGUCAUUAAGUGCAAGACAAGCUUUUGAAGCUGUGUCCUUAAGAGGUUAAGGGCAGAGGGUGAUUAAAACCAGCCCUAGAAUUUGACUAUAUGUCUGUUCAACCAUAAUUCACCUCUUUCAUAUUAAGUGCACCCAUGCUUAUUAUACAUCAGUUUGUUCAGUAGAAACAGGGAUUUUAUUUCACAUCAAAUAUUUAUAUAUGAAUUAAUUUUCCUAACAUAUGGUGGCAGUACGAUAGGCAUGUGCUCUUCCCUUGGACAAGCAUCUCACCUGAAAGACAUUAUGUUAAAAAGAUCCUCCCCCAUUGGGUAUAAAGCACUAACCUUCCAAGAUCCCACAGUUCUUUUUCUUGUUCCAAUAGGAAUGGACGAGCAUCUGAAGACUAGAAGGCACACAGGUUGAUGCCUGGGGGAACUGACCUGAUACCCUCCCGGGUGGAGAGCUGCAUGGUCCUGCUCCAACCUGUAUGAUUACAGAUCAAGUCGGAGCGGCUUGUUUUUUUUUUAUGCACAAUGCAGCUACCGUCGGAACAAGUGGACAGUCCCUAGAGGCAGCCAAUCACUGCUCGAAUGGGACGCGUGUGCACAGCGAUGGAACGCACGCCCGGGAGGUUGUGCGUUCCACCGAAGUUCAAAUUCAGUACUUCCAGUUUUUGGCGCCAAAUAAAAAAAAUAAAAAAAAUGUUCUUUAAAAAGCUGUGCAGGUCCUACUGAGAGCAUGGAGGCUACUCCUGUGUCACCAGCCCCCCCCCCACACGGGUCAGAGGUUUUGUAGGUGAGAUUUACUGGUCUUCAUCUUUAAAACCUCUGCUAAAGUUUUUUUUAUUUAAAAAUUUAAGUGUGUGUGUGUGUGUUUUUGAAGUCCCAAAUGAUCGAUAGACCAUUGAGGACCAUAGGAGAGUCUGCCUUGAAAAUAGCUUUGAGGUCUUAGGAACUUCCACUAUCAACAAAUCUCUUGGAGGAUGCAGGGAUUCCCCUAGAAAUCUUGACGAUGUUCAGAUUGACAGUAUGGCUGCUGCAAGCCUGAUUUUACAUCACAAAGGUGUUAAGGAUGAAAGGAUUUUACUUAAUUCCACCAGAAAAUCUACCUCGGUCAUUUAUUUAAGAAUCUGGACAAAAUUUCUUCACUGGUGAAAGUAUCAUCAUUGCCUAAGUAGUUCUCUUUCUACAGAUACGAUUUUGAAUUUUCUACAGGAUGGUCUUAAUGCGGGAUUAGGGUUAUCUACACUCAAAGUUCACCUUUCCGCUCUUAGACACUUCCUGGUCAAGAAUUUGGCUUCAGACAUUUUGAUUCAGAGAUUCUUCAAAGCCGUAAAGCUCAUCCGACCUGCUAAGAGAAAUUUCUUUCCUUCAUGGGAUUUGUCAGUUGUUCUUAAAGGGAAACUCCAGUGCCAGGAAAACAAUACGUUUUCCUGGCACUGCAGGUCCCCUCUCCCACCCACCCCCCAAUUCCCGGUCGCUGCUCUUCCUCUGUAUUAUGUCGGUCGGUGGGUGAGACUGAUCCCGCCCACCGGCUGGGGAGACCUACUGUGCAUGCGCAGCAAUGCCUCACAUGCGCAUCCCCAUAGGAAAGCAUUGGAAAUGCUUUUCAAUGCUUUCCUAUGGGGAAUUGAGCGACGCUGGAGGUCCUCACACAGUGAAGCUCUAGCAUGCUUCUGUGCUAUAAUUCAGGAAGUGCCCUCUAGUGGCUAGUAGACAGCCACUAGAGGUGGAGUUAACCCUGCAAGGUAAUUAUUACAGUUUAUGAAAAAAUUGCAAUAAUUACAUUUGCAGGGUUAAGAGUAGUGGGAGUUGGCACCCAGACCACUCCAAUGGGCAGAAGUGGUCUGGGUGCCUGGAGUGUCCCUUUAAGGCCCUUUGUAAAGAACCAUUCGAACCUUUGGAUGAAAUUUCCCUGAAGCUUUUUGCAGCAAUAACAUCUGCUAAAAGUAUCAGUGAAAUUCAGGCUCUUUCAUCUUCUCCAGAAUUCACUUUUCUUUCCAGACAAAGUUGUCCUACAUCCAAAACCAUCUGUCAUGCUCCUGAGCAGGUCAGAGAGGAGACGAUUGCAAGGGUUAUUGGUUAAAACUUUAUUUGUCAUAUUAGGCAUAACAAAUUUACUGAAGAAGAAUAAAGGGCAGUCUGCCACAAACAGGAUACUUUGUGAGAAAAAACAGGGUUUAGGUGAUAUGCCACAAACAAGAUCUUUAGAAAAUAAAUGAAUAAAGUCUUUUGUAUACAAGCAGGCUUGAAGUUAUACCUAGUAGUUAAGGAUUUCCAGGAUACUUUGCAAUGGUAAAUACCUCUUAUGAUUAAGCAAUACAGGAUCAUGCAGAGGUUAAAACAGGUAGGUAUAUUCCAAAAUAAUAUCAUGCAGGUUGCUUACGAGAUCAUGCAGUGAUGUAGCAAUUGAAGCUGUUAAGAUUCUUCAAUGAAGGUAAUACGCCACAAAUCAGGAUUCUUGGAAGCUAAUAAGGAAAGUCUUUCGGUAAGAUGUAAUUCAGGCAAGUUCAGGAUGAAGUAAUGCAGGUUAGUGCCUUUCAGUAUGAGGAAAUGCAGAUGAGUACAGGAAGAGGCACUGCAGAUAAGUUCUCUACCGAAUGAAAUAAUGUAGAUAAAAUACCAGGAUAUUACCAGGAAACAGAGAUUCUUUAUCAGAGUAUAGACUUCAAUAUCAAGGUACUGUUGUGUGCCAGGAUUAGACUUAUCAAGCCUCCUAAUUAGUUAAUCCAGGUGAGGUUAUUAAGGUGAGUGAAUAGAUUAGUGGCUAGGGAGGCCACUAGAGGAGAAAAUCCUGACGUUCACUAAAGGGCCAGUAAUAAACGAAAAAGUCUUGCAUGUCAGUUUUGAAACCUGACACCAUCCUUUCUUCCGAAAGUCAUCACAUCUAGGGCUAUCAAUCUAAUUGUAGUGCCUUCCUUUGGUAAUCCGUCAGCCGGGAGAAGACUGGGCAUAUGCUAGAUGUUAGAAGAGCCCUUAGAAUUUAUAUUGAUCAUUCAUCUGGCUUCAGAAGAUCAGACCAUCUUUUUGUCAAUUUUUUUUGGACAAUUCAAAGGUCUCACAGCUUCCAAGGCUAGUCUGGCUAGCUAGUAGAUACCAUGUCCUACACUUCCUCAAAAUUGCCUUUACCUUCACCAUUAAAAGCGCACUCAGCUAAAGCUAUGGCUACCUCAUGGGUGGAAAAGGCUCAAGCAUCUACAAAGGAUAUAUACAGAGCUGCUUCGUGGUCUUCCUUCAACACCUUUGUGAAGCAUUAUAGGCUAGACAUAUUCUCUGCCUCUGAAGCAGCUUUCGGGCAUAAGAUGCUUUCAGCAGUGGUUACCUAAUUAAUGCACAGAUUUUUUUUGGGGGGGGGGGAUCUCGAUAUAUUCCUAUUGUACUGGCACCAUAUGUUAGGAAAAACUUUAGUUUACUUACUGUAAAUUCCUUUUUCCCUAAUAUGGUGGCAGUACAAGCACGUUCCCUUUUCCAGUUUUCAUACAAUGAAUUUUGCCAGAUUGUUUAUGUUGCCUUUGAAACCGUAUCGCAGCCGCGGAAUGAAAAUUACCUCCAUCAUGGCAUACUAUUUGGAAAAGUAGACAACCCAAGGUAUUCAAAAUAGGUUUUGUUAAUUCUAACACUUAGUCACAAACACUGGCCAAAGUUGGCAUUCAUAUUUAUUUAUUUUUUGCAUUGAAACCCCCCCCCCCCAAAAAAAAACCCCAGUUGAAUUACCAAUUUAUAUCAUCAGCAUUAUAUGUUUUAGUGCUCUAACACUCUCUCAGAAUUGUGUUCUGUAAUAUCUCACGAGUACAACAGUGCCCCACAUGUCCAGGUUUUAUUGUGUUUUGUUACAGGGUCAAAUAUAACACUAGCCCAUUUCCGUUUGUGCACAUUUAAAUUUGCCAGAUUAGAUAUGUUGCCUUUGAGACAGUAUGGCAUCUUACAAUUGAGAAUUACCAUCAUCAUGGCAUACCAUUUGAAAACAUGGACAACCCAGGGUAUUCAAAAUGGAGUAUGUCCAGUCUUUUUUAGUAGCCACUCAGUCACAAACCUUGGCCAAAGUUAGCGUGGUUUUUUUUUUUUGCAUUAUUUUACACAAAACUUAAUUUUCACUUAUGAUAUUGUCUUGAAAUACGGUUUUAAAACACUCAUAUUUAUGUUCAGCGAAGUGUGAUGAGUUAAACGGUACCCCCAUAUACAAGUUUUGUGGUGUUUUUGGAACGUUACAGGGUCAAAUAUAGAGCUUGCUAAUUAAAUUCUUAGUUUUUUACCUCUCUCCUUUUUUCCACUCUAUUGAUCUGUGAGUAAAAUCAACAUUUACUAACUGUCCCCUAACCAUAAAUCAAUUUUUAUUUGGGGGGGGGAGGUUUACCCACGGUUUACCCACUCAUUUGUUCAAACAUCAUAUGAAUUGCAAUUUAUUUGUGUAUAGUUUUUUUCAUGUUUAAUUUGUUCUAUUUAUUUUUUGUACAGUUAGGGUGUCAGAUGUUCAGUUCUCUUUGACAUCUGCUGUCUGCAUUGGAGCAGAUGAAUAUUGUCAAUGUAAUACUUGCAUAACUUGCAAUCUUACGUUUGUCAGCAGUUGUUGGAAUUUGAUCAGCUGGCUGUUUGCUGGUCAUAUGCUAUAAGCACACAUUUACGCAUAUGUAGAUAUAGCAGAAAUGAAACCUAUAAUUUUUCUUUACAAAUUCCCUCAGGUACUUACAAAUCACUUAAUUCCCCUUGUUGAUUUCUCCCUCAUCCUUUUACAUUGUAAUUGUGUUUUGGUAAGGCCCUCUUCAUAUACUAUUCUAGCAUGUCAUUCAUAUUUUGUUAGAAUGGUUUGUUUUGUUUACCUAUUGUACAGCAAUGCGAAAUAUGUUGGUGCUAUAUAAAUAAUAUAUAAGUAAUUGUAAGUAAUGCUUAAACUCACUCACUUGCUAUUUGCCUUCAUUUAUAUUUAUCAUUUAUUACUGUGCUAGAUCUCAAUACCUGGGCACCUCCAUAUUGUUCUCAUUGAUCCAUGGUAUCUACAUUUUGCCCUUCUGUAUUAUUCUUCUGUCUGAUAUAAUGCAGGUAACUUAGCAACUGAAAUGGAACGUGGCUUAAAGGAACAUUUUAGGGUCAGGAACACAAACAUGUAUACCUGAUCCUAUAGUGUUAAAAGCCCCUUGCCUCCUAAAUACAGACAAAUCGAACCCCUGACCUUCCUCCUUGGCUGACAUAAUCAAAAGUGGUGAUCUCAACCAAUCACAAUGCUUUGGGAAAUGGGAAAGCAUUGGAUUGGCUGAGCUUGUCAAGGAGGCAGAUUAAACACAGCCCUGGCCAAUCAGCUUCUCCUCAUAGAAAUGCAUUGAAUCAAUGCAUCUCUAUGAGGAAAGUUCAGUGUCUCCAUGCAGAGGGUGGAGGCAUCUCUAGUAGCCACCUGUUGAGGUAUCCCUAUUGUAAACACCGCAUUUUCUCUGAAAAGACAGUGUUUAUUGCAAAACGCCUGAAGGAAAUUAUUACAUUUAAGAAAACAAAUAUAAUAAGCUGUAGUUGUUCUGGUGACUAUUGUGACCCUUUGCCUAUUGACAGAAAAUUGCCAAAGAUCACAUUCCCCUGCUUUUUAAGUUUCACUUAAAAAAGGUGGAGAAAUAAAAAAAAACAAGAAGAAAUAAUGGAAUAAAAAAAUUAGGUUUAAAAUCAAAACCUGGAUAGUGUCCGAGCCGUUGUAAAGGAACACUAUAGCCACCCAGACAACUUUAUCCCAAUGAAGUGGUUUGGGUGCCAUGCCCGUUCGUUUAACCCUGCAGCUGCAAACAUUGGAUGGUUAACCUGCAACUCACAGCCAGUAGAGGUGCUUCUGCAAAACCUCAACUAUUUCUAAAAGAGACCAUCUGAUUGGCAUAGCAUGGCACUUUGCUGCACACUAAACUAACAAUGCUUUCCUAUGGAAAAGUACUGGACUGGCUGAGAUUAUUGAUCCCAAUGAUGUAGAGCUUCCCUCUGAAUACCGCUGCAUCUUUUAAACUUUGGCAGUGUGGAUCCUUGUUACCUAAACAGUGAAUAGGAUACUAUAUUGUAGGGAAUACAUAUCUGUAUUCCUAACUCUAUAUUGUGUGUUUUUUUGUUUUUUUUACAGAUCGAGGCAAUUGUCAGAUCUCUGAAUCAAACCAAAAUCUAGAAUGUGUGCUGUGUGUUUGUUCCAGAGUAAUUGAAGUGUUUCUCUUUAAGUGCACCCAUCAAUAUUAAAUAUCAGGGCUCAACAAAUCCCAGGCCAGGUCGCCAUGGCGACUAGAAAUUUUGCCCUGGCGCCUGGGAUUUGAAGCCUUUUAGCUAAAGCGGCAGGAUGGGGGAACAAUGCCGGCCGCCUUGGGUAUCAUGCAGGUGACUGCCCUUGGCUGCAUGGGGCAACUUGCGAUGGAACAGUAAUCUUCCUGCAGCUCCUCUCUGCUCCCUCGCGCAGUAUAGUGAUGCCGGUAGCCGGAAUAUGAUGUCAUUCCAGCACCGGCUACACUACAGGGAGCAGAAAGGAGCUGCAGGUAGAUUACUGCUCCCUCGCACGCAGGAUGAGUGAGCAGCCCCACUGGACCCCAGGAAAGAUCCACUCAGCUCUCCCAAAGGUAGGGGGCUGGGUGGAUUAAAAUUAAAAUGGAAAAUGUCAAUUUGUGUGUGUGUGUCUGUGUCUGCUUAGGUACCUGCACCCUUCCGAUCAUGAGAGAGGUGUUUUUACUCACUUUCUUUCCGUGCCAGUUUCGUCGUGGCUUGUCCUGCCUUUAUUGCUGAGAUAAUCGAUCUUUAAAAUCUGAGCUAAACCAAUGCUUUCCUAUAGGAAAGCAUUGGGAGGAUAUUGCGCAUGUUUUCUAUAUGUAACAUUCAGCACCUCCAUGGAAAGCGUGGAGACGCUGAACAAAGGUCCUGCACACUGUGCAGUACUUACACAGGACUCUCUAGUGGCGUCUGAGUGACUGUCACUAGAGGUGUUACUAGGCAGCAAUGUAAACACUGCCCUUUCUCUGAAAUUGAAAAAGCUACAGGGACAGGCUAUAGGCACCAGAGCAACUACAUUAAGCUGCAGUGGUUCUGGUGACUAUAGUGUCCUUUAAUGGGACACUAUAGUCACGAGAACACUUCAGCUCAAUGAAGUGGUCUGGAUGCCAGGUCCCACAGGUUUCAACCCUUCAGAGAAACUGCUAUGUUUACAUAGCAGGGUUAAUCCAACCUCUAGUGGCUGUCUUCUUGACAGCCGCUAGAGGCGCAUCCAACAUGCAGAACAUCCAUAGGAAAGCAUUGAGAAAUGCUUUCCUAUAGACAGUUUGAAUGCGUGUGCGGCACUUGCCACGCAUGUGCAUUCCGCUCCACUCGGGAGCUGACGUCGUCAGGGCUGGAGAGGUCACCAGCAGUUUUAACCCCUUCAGCCCAGCGGGAGGGGGACCCUGAGGGUGGGGGCACCCUUAGGGCACUAUAAUGUCAGGAAAACCGCUUUGUUUUCCUGACACUAUAGUGAUCCUUUAAGAAUUGUAUAUUUCUCGUAAAUUCAACUUUGCUAGUUUUUAAUACAAAUUAUUAAAGGACAGAUAGAACUUUAUUUUAUUAUCCUCCAUGUGUAUCUUACACUACAUUUAGUGUUAAAAAUAGGGUCUCGGCUCACAGAGGAAGCCCCAGGUAUUGAUAUUGAUACCUGCCUCUCCCACGCGGCUCGUAACCGAGAUACCGGACAUUCCAUGCCAUGCUAAUGGUGUUAGAGCCCAAUAUUUUUUGUAUGGAAUGGAAUGUCCUGAUGUCUUUUAAGGUAGUAAACCUUAAAUGGAUAUUGUUUUUUUUUUUUAUUUUUUUUUUUUAUGUCAUGCGUCUUGACUGUUUGAAUUUGUUUUCUAUGGUGGCCAUGUGAGAAACAUAGAAUGUGACGGCAGAUAAGAACCAUUCGGCCCAUCUAGUCUGCCCAAUGAGCAAGUACUUGCAGAAACUCGUUGCCAAUACAUGCGCAUAUUCAUUGGCUCAGUGAGGUAUAGCACAUACAUGCUACAUGUCCAUCAUUUUGUAUGGGUAGCUGGAUGUAGGUUUUAACACCAUUCUACAAGCUAAUGUACAGGUCUAUCUACUCUUGGGCAUACACAGAUUGGCUCUUGUUUUAUUGUACUGUAUAAUAAUCUAUGUAGACUAGCUGUGCAGCAGAAAAUGUGUGUGAAUGCAAUGCAGGCGACCUAUCUAGCACAGGCGAGCAGUGGCCUUCUUGCUGGUUAUUGUGUUUUUUGUGGGAUGUAUGCCAAAGAAAAUGAAAGUGAGGUGGAGGUCUGGGGGGUAGGUUGAAAGGCAAUUGAUUGGGGUUAUGAAGUGGGUGGGGCUAUUGUGAAAAAUUCAUUUCCUGUUGUUUGGACUGAGAGAAUAGGAAAAGCCUUAUUAUUAAUUUUUUUUAACUGCUCUUCUCUUUUUUUUUGCUGCUGAUUUACCUCCGCAUACGAACUGUGUUUUUUGUGUGUGUUUAUUUUCUUUAAAUAAAUGAAAUGACGUUCCUGGGAGAAAUGUACAAUCUACUUGAGAGGGAGAUGCCGACAAAUAAUUGUGAUACUUACAUUGUUACCAUAGGAACUGUUUAUAGAAAAGAAUGAUGGAGAGCUUCCCAUUGUACUUCACUUUCUGAUUCACUCACAAGGUAUGCAUAAGUUACGUUAUGCAUUCAGAAUUUAACUUCAACUGCUGUCUCUCUUCUGAUGUUGUCCCUGCUGAUCUUAAACUUGCCACUGUAGUACCUAUACUAAAAAAAAAAACCAUCUCUUGACCCGUCCUCCCCCUCUAUCGUCCCAUAUCCCUGCUCCCUUUCCCCUCAAAGCUUCUGGAAAGACUUGUCUUUACUCGUAUGUCUCACUUGCUCAAUUCCAACUCUCUCCUUUACACUCUUCAAUCUGGCUUCCGCACUCUCCACUCUACUGAGACUGCUCUUAUCAAAGUUACUAACGACCUAAUCGCAGUUAAACCCAAGGGCCACUACUCCAUACUAAUUCUUCUUGACUUCUCUGCUGCUUUUGACAAUUGAUCAUGUUCUCCUUCUUCAAACUCUUCAAUCACUCGGUCUCUGUGACUCUUGUGGUUUUCCUGUUAUCCCUCCCAACGCUCAUUCAGCGUCUACUUUUCUAAUGAUACCUCCUCCCUCGUCCUGUCUCUGUUGGAGUCCCCCAAGGCUCUGUCCUCUGUUCUAUUUUCUCUUUAUCCUGCCUCUCUUGGGAAACGUAUUACCUCUUUUGGAUUCCACUACCACCUGUACGCUGAUGACACCCAGAUAUAUCUCUCCUCCCCGGACCUCUCCCCUGCCGUCCUGCAACGUGUCACUGCUUGUCUUUCUUCCAUCUCUGACUGGAUGUCCUCCCGCUUUCUGAAACUCAAUCUCUAAAACUGAGCUCCUUGUCUUUCCUCCUCCUAAUACUGAUCCUCCUUUUUUGCUCUCCCUUCAAAUUAGUGGUAUCCACAUAAGUCUAUCCUUGCAAGCGCGCUGUCUUGGCGUCAUUUGAUUCUGGCCUCACCUUUGAGCCUCACAUCCAGUAUGUUGCCAAAUCAUGUAGAUCCCAUCUUAAAAACAUAGCCCGCAUCCGCCCCUUUCUUACGCAAGAUGCUACCAAGGAGCUUGACCAUGCUCUAGUAAUUUCCUGCAUGGAUUAUUGUAACCCUCUCCUAAUUGGUCUUCCCAAAAGCCGUAUUGCCCCGCUGCAGUCUGUAAUGAAUGCUGCCGCAAGACUGAUUUUCCUCUCUGGUUAGUCCUCUCACACCUCUGUCCUUACAUUGGCUUCCUUACAUAGGAGUCAAUUCAAAGUGCUAACCCAUACCUAUAAAUCACUGAACAAUCUAUCUCUUUACAGAUCCAUAGAUAUGCCCCUUCUCGGUCUCUCUGCUCUGCCCAUGACCUUCUCCUGUCCGCUGCUCGCACGCGUACAAUCAACUCAUGUUUACAGGACUUCUCGCGAGCGGUCCCUUCCUUUGGAAUCGCCUGCCUACCGAUAUCAGACUCUCCCCUAGUCUUCAAUCGUUUAAAAAGUGCCUUAAAACCCAUCUAUUUAGGAAAGCUUAUAGCCUCCCACAGUAACCUCUACCUCACUUACCUGUCUCUUGAGCUCUCCUAAAGGGCAGCACUUUACUCUCUCCUCCAGCUCUGCUUCACUCCCUAUUUGAUUGCUAUUUCCUGUCCUACUGUGUUUUAUACCCCACUUCCUAUAGACUGUAAGCUCGUUAAUGUACCUAUCGUUCCUGUAAGUUUUCUUGUAAUUGUCCUAUUUAUAGUUAAAUCCUCCCUCUCAUAAUAUUGUAAAGCGCUACGGAAUCUGUCGGCGCAACAAUGAUAAUAAUAACAUUACUACCUCGAAUAAUUUUUAACCCAUUCAGGGCCAAUGAACUAUUGGAGUUUAAUAUUUCAAUAAUUUAAGUGAUAUUUUUUCUCUAUGCAAAAUUAAAGUGCAACUUUUUUAUUUUUAUUUGAAUGAGUAGCUAAAACAACAUAAAUUAGGGCAUAAUAGCAAUUUAUUGACCUAAGGAGCACGUGGAAAAGACCUCCUUUUCAGGUCUUGCUUAUUGUAGGAGGAACGGGGGGCACUAAAUAUUUGUAGGCACAUGUUAAAUUGCUGCGGCUGAGUACGAUCGCGUUAACUGAGUGCUGCACAUUGCUCUUCUACUAGUAUGGGACCACUAAUUGUGGGUUCUUGGGGGGGUUCCUGCCUUCUUAAGGCAGCAGGCUGCGUACACCGUUUAGAAAUACCACAGCUGAGCGAGAUUGCUCAGCGGCGGAAUUAAAAGGGCAAAGUGCAGUUCUCACUUUCAUCACUGCACAUAGCUUAUCUGUCAGUCUGAGGUCACUACCUGUGGCUCCAGUUUAUAGAGAGGACCCUCCGGUAUCAAAAGAUACCUGGAGUUCCUUGGUACAGCAGGGAUUUUACCCAUGCUGGUACUUUUUAAAGCAUGACAGCCCAUGUCUUCACUGAGAGUUAAAGGAACACUAUAGUCACCUAAAUUACUUUAGCUAAAUAAAGCAGUUUUAGUGUAUAGAUCAUUCCCCUGCAAUUUCACUUCUCAAUUCACUGUCAUUUAGGAGUUAAAUCACUUUGUUUCUGUUUAUGCAGCCCUAGCCACACCUCCCCUGGCUAUGAUUGACAGAGCCUGCAUGAAAAAACAAACUGGUUUCACUUUCAAACAGAUGUAAUUUACCUUAAAUAAUUGUAUCUCAAUCUCUAAAUUGAACUUUAAUCACAUACAGGAGGCUCUUGCAGGGUCUAGCAAGCUAUUAACAUAGCAGGGGAUAAGAAAAUCUUAAUUAAACAGAACUUGCAAUAAAGAAAGCCUAAAUAGGGCUCUCUUUACAGGAAGUGUUUAUGGAAGGCUGUGCAAGUCACAUGCAGGGAGGUGUGACUAGGGUUCAUAAACAAAGGUAUUUAACUCCUAAAUGGCAGAGGAUUGAGCAGUGAGGCUGCAGGGGCAUGUUCUAUACACCAAAACUGCUUGAUUAAGCUAAAGUUGUUCAGGUGACUAUAGUGUUCCUUUAAAGGGCAUGACAGCAUAGACCUCUAUGUGGUACUUCAGUGUUUUAUUAAUAUACUUCCUCCAUGCCACUUGCUUUUAUUUGUAUUUAUAAACUUUUCUACCUUGUGCUUGAUCACAGUACCUUAGUGCAGCCAUUUUGUUCUCCUCUGCCCAUGGUGUUUUUUUGUUUGUCCUUCUUCUGUCGGAUUGAUUUCACUGAUUGUGGGUAAAUCUGAUUGGUAACUGAAAUGGAAACCUUGUUGCAAUUAUUCUCAAGGUUUGUCAACGUGACUUCUAUACAUAAGGAAAACUAGUCCCUGCUUUUCUUUAUUCUAUGAAAAUAUGAGCAUUUUCGAUGAAAGAUACCCUUUACAUUACGAUGGAACAAACUAGAUUUUGCCCUGGUUCAGAGGUUGUACAGUUGUCUACAUCCUUAACACUCCAAACACCAUAGCAGGGACAUCAGAAUGUAGUUUAACUAAAAGUCUUGAACCAGCACUGUUUAGCUCUACCCCUGCCCCUUUACUGCUCUCAGAUUAUUUUAAUAGGAAAUCUAGGGCUACCCUAGAUAGGAGUGCUGAUAUCUGGCUAAGAGGGUCAACUGACACUCUAAGCCAAUCAGUAGCUUCCAAUAUCUAAAAAUGGCUUAAGAAAAAUGUACAUUUUAACCCCUAGAUGUUGGUUGGCACCCGGGACCUCCUGGAACCAUAACAACUUGUUCACAAUGAAUUUGUUAUGGUGCCUGCAGGCUCCCUUUAAUGGAGUAAAGUGCAAUUAAGAGAGCAGGAGAUAAAAAUUAAGUAAUUAGAAAUAGGUAAACUCACUGUUAUGUUAUAUCUGAUUUGUAAAUGAAACCAUUUUCUGUUUUCAAGCUGACUGAGUCACAGUCAGGAGUGGUGUAGCUUGGACUGCAUAAACAAACAUAAGUUAGAACUGCAGCAUAUAUGCGUGUUCAUACUGCCUCCCUUCUGAGUUUUUGAAAAAAAAAAAAAAUAUAUAUAUAUAUAUAUAUAUAUAUAUAUAUAUAUAAUCAUUUUUUUUUAAUUUUAAAAUUUUUUUUUAAAGAAAUCAUUGCUGUGCCUAAACAAUAAUUUAGUUUUUGUUUCAAGAUUUCCAAAAUGCACUGCUAUGGUUACUAUCUAUUCUUAACAUAUGCUCGCUGCAGAACUCUGUGCAAGGGCAAUAUUCAUCUAUUAACUGUUGCUCAUAUCCGAUUCUAUUCUUUUGUUCUCUGACAGACAUGUGGCUUCCCACGUAUACAUAGAUUGCAAAACUGUAUAUAUCUUAAAAGGGACACUGUGUGCACUUUACCAUUUCAUCUCAUUGACUUAGUUAAAAUGCCUGGAAUUUCCUGGUGCAGUCCGUCUGCUCAGUGUAAAACCUGAAUGAGGGUCCCUGGCCCCCACAGAUACUUUGGCUAAGGCAGAGAUUACACUCUUCCUAGUCCAUACCAAUUCUUCAGAUCAAGGGGCAGCUGUGAUAGGCUGGAAGAUAUUAGCUCACACUCUCAACCAAUCACUGCCUCCUAUUGUUACUCUGGCUAUUGCUUCGUCAUUAGCCUAAGCAGUACAGAUGGGAAAGGGAGAGACCUAAAACAUGUUUAAAUAUUUGAACGGCUGAACAGUAUUUGGCGCACCCAUUUGGCAAAGCUGAACUGGCACAUGGAAUCCUCUGUAAAUGUUACAGAAUUGAAAGGGUUUACACUGAUUCUAUAAAUCUAGAAUUAACCCAUACAAUUAUUAUUAUUUUUCUUUUCUUAAAUUACUUAAGAACCUUAAGAACCACAUAUAAAAAAGCUUAAAUGGGUUGCUAGGAGUGCCCUUUUAAUGCAAGUCAAAUUGCAGCAUCCUUUCCCGCUGCAGUUGUUGUUAUUGUUGUUAUUAGUAUUAUUAUUAUUAUUAUUAUUACAAUCAACUCAUGCUGACUUCGGUUGACAUCAAUAAGAACAGUGUUAAAUGGUUUGAGGGACGUAAAGCCUAUGCUCAAAAUAAGACUGCUAUAGGGGUUCUGGGAACAAGGAAUUUAUGUGAGCUAAAAAAAAUUUAAGUUAAUUUGAGAAUACAAGUUCACAAGGAAACUGUAAUUUUUCUUGAAAUAAUACCUUUGAAUAAAAAUAAAAAAAUGAAAAUCACUUUCAUUUUGUGUUGCUUUGUUUCACUUGGAGGUCCACACCUUCAUCGUGGAGGUCCACACCAAGAGCUUAUUGAUACGUGGGGGAGGGACCACAUGUUGAUAGUAUUUCUGCUGCUCCAAUGUAUAGGUGAACUUUUAUGUUUAAAUUCAUACUAGGUUGUGUGUGCUAUAACAGGUACACUUUAACUGCAGAUUUGGAAGAGCAAACCGGAAAAGCCACAGCUAUACAUCACUGAUAUGUAGACACUAGUAAGGUUAUUCUGUCUAGUGUGAGUUUAUAGUAAUCUAAAGUUCUUGGCCCCCAACUGUCUUUGUCAGGACAGUGCGGACAUCAGGGCUCUGUUUUGCUGUCCUGUUUUAGUUUCCCCCGAGCAGUACAGUGCAAGCGCAUCAUUCAGCGGGCUCUAGAACACUACAGCAGUGCUCCCAGCAUGUUUAUGUCAGUAAGUGGCUGGCCAGACAAGCUUUACCCAACCAUUAUGGAUGUUGCCGGUGACGCAAUUGCAUCACUAAUGACGACCCUCUCAGAGCCUGCCCCACUGCGCCGGUUGCAUACCUCCCAAUGUUUGGAGGUAUGAAAGUUAAAGGGACACUAUAGUCACCAGAACAACUACAGCUUAAUGUAGUUGUUAUGGUGGGUAUAAUCAUUAUAUGCAGGUAUUUUCAUGCAAACACUGCCUUUUCAGAGAAAAGACAGUGUUUACAUUGCCCUUAGGGACAUCCCGAAGUGGCCACUCCUCACGUAGCCACUGGAGGUGCUUCCUGACUCAGUGCUGCACAGUAGGCAGCACUGCCAUUCAGCGUCUCCACGCUCUGCAUGGGGACACUGAAUUUUCCUCAUAGAGAUGCAUCUCUGUGAGAAGGUGCUGAUUGGCCAAAGAGGUGUUAGGCCCGGACCCCAUGCUGAUUUUAGGCAAUCCAAUGCUUUCCAGUGGGAAAGCUAUGGAUUGGCCUUUAAAUCUGCAAUUCUGAUGAUGUCACCAAGGGGGCGGGACCAGCACUAAGAUGAGUCGGGGCCAGAAAUAAGGUGAGUUUUAUUAACUUUUAAGGGGGCUAAGGGUGGGCAAGCCACCUAAAUAGCACUAUAGGGUCAGGAAUACAUGUUUAUGUUUCUGACCCUAUAGUGUUCCUUUUAAUUUAAAAUUUUCAGCCACAAUAGUUUAAUUUGCUUUCUUCAAGUCCGCUAUGUUUUCAGUUUGGCUAUUUUGGCCUUUGAACUUGAAAUUAUUGUGAAUUCUCAACAAUUCACACUUUACUGGUUGUGGUAGAUUCAAAACUGAAUUGCUAAAUAUCAAGACUGUGGCUGUAACAACGUUUAAAAAAUUCCCCAUAUUAGCUGCGUUUUCCUAAAAUUCAGUUUACUAUAAUCUGGGGUUUAGUGAAAAAAACCCUUAGUGACUAACUCUUACACAGCACAUUGGAUUUUUUACUCCUCAAACAAGGAUCUGAAUUUUAUAAAGCAAGAUUUUUCACCAUCCAAUGCUGUUAUUGUGUUUUUCUUAAUAAAACCCUGUUUGGUUUCUCUUUUCAGGAAAAGAAGAAGCAACAUAUUUUUAAGGAUAUAAGCUCUGACAAAACUCUACUGGUGGAGAAAGAGAAGAAAAUUGCUGCUACAGUACCUAUUUCUGAUGCAUCUUCACCUGCUCAGACUGCACAGAUUCCUAAAACAAAAGAGAUCCCUGAUAACUUUAUUGAAAUCCAGCUUAAUGAUGAAAGCGGUUCACAAGAGAUAACUGUGUCCGGUAACUUGCCUGCCGCAGCUUCUUUAGCUAAUGACGAACCACCUGUAGAAUCAAAUAAAACUACUGAAGACAUAAACAAUACAAAAAUAAAAGAUCCAGUAUGUUUUUCUCCAAGACAGGAGGGAAACAUUCAAGGAGAUGGCUUGGUAACAAGCGUUACAAGUGCAAUGGAAUGCUUGGAUGUAUCUACAGAUUUGAAUGAAUGCAUUGCAGAGUCUCCAUGUUCCUCAGUUGGCAAACAGUCUGUAGAUGUUCAGGAGCUUCACCCCGCCGUCCUUACAAUGAAGGAACUCGACUCUGCGAACCCUCAACACUUUGUGGAAGCCAAAGAGAUUCUCCAUCUGCCAAAGGUGAAAUCUCUGUAUCCUGAAUUACCAGUUGAAAUUGUUGAUCAGAAAAGAGAUGUUGCUACAAUUAAACCUCUUGUACAUAUUGAGCGUCUGUAUCCAGAAAUUCCCCAGCAGCCAAAGCCUCUCCCGUUCACAAAGGACCAACUGAAGAUAUUUGAGCCAUGCUCGUGGCUUGAGAAUGUGGAGUCUUUCACGGAUGAGUUUGAGAGCAUUGCUCAUCAGGACAGACAUGAAUUUCAUGAACUGCUCAUGAAUUAUGCACGAUGUAGGAAGCAGCUUCUGUUGGCAGAAGCUAAGUUGCAGAUCAUGAUAUCUGACUGGAAAAAUAUUAAAAGCAAAGUUUGGGACUUCAAGGAGGAACACAUGACAGUUCAGGUAAUCUACUUUAACAUUUUAGACAACAUGAAAUUGCUACGUUUAAGGAAUAGCAACAAUGUCAACGAUUGUUACUUAAAUUUAGUUUUAUUUAUUAUAAAAUGUGUAGGUUGUAUUUUAUUCAUUGAUUUUAAUUAUAGCUGAACUGAAACCUCUUUUCUGCCAGCACCGAGACUAAAAUGUAUUGGGGGCAGACUAGAUGGAAUGUGAGUUCUUAUUUGCUGGUCCAAUCCCACCCCUGACUGGGAAAUCUUGAAUUAUUUGUAUCCAUGUGCAGCCUUACUAAUGCAUUUGGCACUUUUACAGACUUAUUCACCUAAUUGGGAAUUAUCAGGAAUUCAAAGGGAAUUUCAAAUUUAGGACCAGAACUGCAAACUGGGAAAAAAAAUCUCCAAGUCAAACUAUUACUUCAGUACAGCUACUUCGGCCUUACAUUUGAAAUUCACGAGUUCUCAACAAUUCUAACUUCAGUAAAUAUUUCUCCCUAGAACUGGGAAACCUAGGCUCAAAUCCUAGUAACGCCAUCUUACCAGUAAGUGUCCUUGGGCACAGCAUCUAAAGAUAUAUAAUUGUAACGCACUGCAGAUUAUGUUGGUGCUAUAUAGAUGCUAAUGAUAGUAAUGUAUAAGUUAACAAACUUCAGUAUCAUACAUGGUGACUCAAUAUUUAACCUGUUACAAUAUGGGAUUGUAAAAGGAGCAAGUACGCAUAGGCUUAUGCUCUGUACUGUUAACUCACAAAGGGUGAUAGCUGAUCCAGGCUGAGGACAUUUUUAAUUCAAGGCUAUUUUGUAAAUUAAAUUAUAUAUUUGUAUAAUUCUUCUUGAACUUGGUAUCAACUAAAAAAAAAAAAGAAAAAAGAAUGCAUUGUGAGUAGCGGAACCAAGUAUUAAACUAUUAGAGACUUCCUGGAAUAGAAGAAAACUGUUUAAUAUGCUGAUUGGUCUUAAAUAUCUUGCAUUUUUCCCUGCAGGGUCUUUGUGAAGAUCAGGCCAAAGUUGUUGGCUAUCAUCAUUACCAAACAGCUGAAGUGAAUGAAUCUGCAUUAGGAGAUCUGAAGCGACUAUUUGAGCUGAAAUCCGAUCACUUGCAUCAGACAUUCGCCCUUCAUUCUUACACGUCUGUCUUAUCCCGUCUGCAGGUUGAAUCUUAUAUGUACGGCUUGGUCAAUAACUCCCCAUUUCUAAGAUCUGUGGCGAUUUAUCCACCUGACCACGGUAAUUAUCCCAGUUUACAAUCCUUUCAAACCAUUUGAGAUACAAAGGCUUUUUAGGACCAUAAGGGGACACUAUAGUCCCUAAAAUAACUUUAGCUUAAUGAAGAAGUUUUGGUGUAUGAAUUGUCAGUCUCAGUGCUCAAUUCUCCCAUUUAGGAGUUAAACCACUUUGCUUAUGGAGCCCUAGUCACACCUCACUGCAUGUGACUUACACAGUCUACCUAAACUCUUCUUGUAAAGAGUCAUCUAAUGUUUGCACUUCCUUUACUGCAAAUUCUGACUAAUUUAGAAUUUCACAUCUCCUGCUCUGUUAGUAGUUAGCUAGACCCUACAGGAACUUGCUGUAUGUAAUUAAAGGGACACUAUAGUCACCCAGACAACUUCAGCUCAAUGAAGUGGUCUGGGUGCUAGGUCCCCCUCAGGUUUUAACCUUUCAGAUGCAAACAUAGCAGUUUCAUAGAAACUGUUAUGUUUACAUUUGGGGUUAAGCCAGCCUCUAGUGGUGGUCUUCCGGACAGCCACUAGAGGCGCAUCUGCAACGCUGGAGGCAUAUUAGGCCUCCAUCGCGCAGAGCGUCCAUAGGAAAACAUUGAGAAAUGCAUUCCUAUGGACACUUUGAAUGUGGGGGGCCCCUAAUGGCACUAUAGUGUCAGGAAAACCGCUUUGUUUUCCUGACACUAUAGUGAUCCUUUAAAGUUCAAUUUACAGAGCAGGAGAUAAAACCUUUUGAAGUAAGUAAAGAUCUUAUUAAAAAUGAAACCAUUAUUUUUUUCAUGCACGCUGUGUGAGUUAAAACCAGGGGAGGUGUGACUAGGGCUGCAUAAACAGAAACAAAAGGGAUUUAACUCCUAAAUAACAGUGAAUUGAGCAGUGAUACUGCAGAGGUAGGAUCUAUAUACAAAAAAGUUUCCUGCAAAAAUCUGUAACUAAAUCAGCAGAUGGAUACCUCUUGGAAAUAUGAAACAACAAGAUCCUUUGCAAAUCACAUAAAAAUGGCACAUCUGUCUGUUUAGUGUUCUCACUUUAAUUUUGAAAGUGAAAGCAAUUUCAUUAUCUAGAAUGCAUUACUGUUCGAGUUUAAAAAAUAAAUAAAAUGCAUGAAUAUGUUCUGACACAUAGGGACACUUGUAUUAAUUCACUUUUUUUUUUUUUUUUAAAUGAUGCUCAAGAUCAGUAAACAGAAACAAAAUAUACGACUGAUAACCGUUGAAGGACAAAGUCCUUCCUUAUUACUGUAGGACACACAGCAGUUUUGGCUUAUUGUAAGGCCCUUAGUGAGAAGAAAAAAAUGGGGAGGAAGGGUGAAAGAAAAGAGGGAUGCCUAGCUUGCAUUAAUGAACACAUGGUUGACUAAGAAGAAUGACCCUAACUCCUAAAGUGAGUCCUCUCCUUACUAUUACCCAAAGCUAUAGCCUGACACCAUACCCAUCUAAGCCUCACAAGCUCAACUUUCCAUGAACACGAGCUUAGAGUAGCGUAGUUUAGGACAUGUGAUAGAUAGACCAUAUAGAGAGGCAAUGGUAGAUUUCAUAUUGUACAUUUCCUCCAUCUGAGAUAUCCACUGCUGGAGAGUAGACCUGCUGUCAUUCCUCCAGUACAAAGGAAUGAGAACAUUGGCUGCAUUUAGUAAAUUCGUCAUGAGAGAUGUUUUACAGGCUGGAAUAGACUCUGGUUUGAAUGGAAGAUCCAGGUCCAACAUAAAUAUAACCAUACAGAUUUGCAUCCAUUGUUGUGGCUGUAUUUGUAUUUUAAGUCUCUCUUAACUCUCUUGUGUUCAGGUCCCCAAUGUCAACUUUUUUUUUUUUUUUAAAUACAGGUUCCCAAAAGCUAGAAGGUUCCCAUUCUGAUGUCAUCCUACUGAAGGAAUGUAUUAGUGUCUUGUUCAGCUUCACACGGAGAGUCAUUGAAGAUGUUCAGUUUCAGAAUGAUGUCCUCAUUUGGCUUCAGAAACUGGUAAUCACCAUGUGUCUUAUUUUUUUUUCAAAAAUCUACUCUCCUCAAUGUAUUUCUUUUGGAUGAGCUUUUCAAAUGAUCAUGGUCUGUUAGAAAACUUUUUAAAAUUAUUUAUCUAUACUCUGCUGAAAUUUUAGUAAAAAAAUCUUUUGAAAUGUUUUUUCUAAUCGAUUGUGAUCAUUUGAAAAGCUUAUCCAAAAAAUUUAAAUAGACAUCCAUGUUUCUAUCUGCCCACAAACCCACUCGUGGCCUUUAUCACAAUCCAGCUCUUUAAUCAAUAAAGUUUUCUGAACUUUUGUUGGACUUGACUGUAAAGCCAGAUGGUGAUGAAGGUCUUCAUUUAUUAGCUGAGAAUGUUGGAAUGUAGUGGUUGUGGUACUUGGAGCCUUCCGUUAAAGAGUUGCUCCGAACAAAAACAAGUGUUUUCAUAAACUUGCCUCUUUUCCAUUGCUGAGCCCACGUUCUCCCCUCAGCACAAUCCUUCCUUGGCUGAUGUCAGUGGGUGGCUUGGAGUGGGCGCUUUGGCUAUAUGUACAGUAUGCUGGCGCCAGAUGUAAAUAUUGGUGCGGACAGAGAUAGAGGGCUUAAAGCAGCACUGUCAUGCCGAACUUAACUUUCCCUAAUCGAUUCCCCUUCUCUCUCUCUGUCAGGAUCUGUUCUUCAUUUCUUCCUGUCUGCUCUAGUUUUCCUUAAAACAUAAGACAAAGUAGGGACUAUUUUGUCUUAUGUUUUAAAGAAAACUAGAGCAGGCAGGAAGAAAUGAAGAAUGCAUCCUGACAAAGGGAGAGGAGACGAAUCGAUUCAGCAUGACAGUGCUGCUUUCAUCUCAGUAUGUGCAACGUUUCAUUGUGAAAUAUUACACAUAGAGACUCCAGACAUCAUGAUCACUUAGAAUAACUGAAAUGGUCAUGGUGUUUGAAUUAACCUUUUAAGUAAGAAGUGCUAUGGAGCUGGAUUAAUCUUUGUUUUUCUCUGUAGGUGUCCAUCUUACUAAAAGUUGGCUGUUUGGGAGAUCACCUCUUCCUCCUGAACCACAUCCUUCGGUGUCCUGCUGGUGUCAGUAAAUGGGCAGCUCCCUUUGUUCAGGUAUGUGCAUGUUGUAUUUAGAGUGUAACUGCCUUUAACACGUUCUCUUCUGCUUUGCAAGUACAUAGUCUAAUCACAUAUUGAUUAUAAACACCAAGAACUGGCCUGGAUCUACUAGCAGUUUGUAAAUAUACUGUAGAUAAAUGAUAUCCUUUUUAAACUGAUCCAUUGAUUCCUUUUACCUAACAUGCUUGGGGGAUUUGGGCCAAUUAUAAAGAAAUUUACUUUUACAUUUGAUCAGCUAUUUUCAGCAUUGACCGUCAGCUAUUCAAUUAAAAUGUAUCUGAUUUGAUAUGUUUUUACUUCUCUUGGUUCAUGUAACAAACACUAACAAAGAGGAAACACUAUUUCUUUUUGGUUUUAAAAAAAAUAAAAACAUGCCUAAGGUAUAUUUAAAGUGAAUACGAUUGUAGGUACAUGCAACAUCUUUUAUUCAAAGAGAAAUAGCAGAACAAUACAAAUUUAAUAUUUGUUUUGUUUUAGGUUCGAGUCUUGCACAAUCCUGCAGGAGUUUUUCACUUUAUGCAGCUUCUUGCCUUGCUGAUGUGUCCUGUUCGGUAAGGAAAAAGUGGAAUUGUAUGUGCUAUUUGUAGUGUAUUGUGUUUAUUUUGUGACUUUCUUUAAAUGUUGUUUUUUAUUUAACACCUUAAUAUGUUUAAAAAGUAUCCCUCACAAUGGACAUCUCAAUGGUAGUGUUUCUCAAACACAUGGUUGAGGUUUUAUCCAUUUUCCCUGGGAACAGAAUUUAGUUUUCAUGAAUUAUUGGACUAUCAGUUCUCAUAAAGGGCUUGAGAAAUUCUGAGCUAAGGAAUCCUAUUUGUGUGGCAGACCUAUGCAUUGCCUAACUCAUUUUUCUCCAUUGCAGAAAUCGAGUGGAUUUCUUGUGCCACAUGAAGCCAAAUGAAAGAAAAAGUUUGUCUUCUGGCAAAGAGUCUGGAAAUUGGACGUUGGUUGAUGAGGGAGGAGAGGAGGUAAGUUAAGCAUUAUGUGCUUUUCUCUUGUCAAGGGUUAUCAAUACAAAGGUCAGAUCACUGCAUAUGACAUGAAAAAUUGGGAUUAUUGACAGAGUUUGGUAGGUUGAUAAUGUAAUACUGUACAUAUAAACUAAAUAUAUAUAUAUUAUCUGUGUAUGUGUGUAUAUAUAUAUCUGUACAUAUUUUUUUUAUCUGUAUGUGUGUGUGUAUAUUAUUAUUAUUAUUAUUAUUAUUAUUACCAUUAUUACCAUUAUAAUUGCCAUUUAUAUAGCGCCGACAGAUUCUGUAGCACUUUACAAUAUUAAGAGAGGGGGAAUUAAACUAUAAAUAGGACAAUUACAAGAAAACUUACAGGAACGAUCGGUCUGUAGGAAGUUGGGUAUAAAACACAUUAGGAUAGGAAAUAGCAAUCAAAUAAGGUGGGGGUGAAGCAGAGCUGGAGGAGAGAGUAGAGUGCUGCCCUUUAGGAGCGAGGAAGAGACAGGUAUGUGAGGUAGAGGUUACUCUGGGAGGCCAUAAGCUUUCCUAAAGAGAUGGAUUUUAAGGCGCUUUUUAAACGAUUGAAGACUAGUGGAGAGUGUGAUGGCUGUAGGCAGGUUAUUCCAUAGGAAGGGAGCAGCCCGCGAGAAGUCCUGUAUGUGUGAGUUGGCCAUACGGUGAGAGUAGCGGACAGGAGAAGGUCACAUGCAGAGCGGAGAGACCGAGAACGGGUAUGCCUAUGGAUCUGUGAAGAGAUAUGAGGGGCUAGAAUUGUUCAGUGCUUUAUAUGUAUGGGUUAGCACUUUGAAUUGACUCAUAGGAUACAGAAAGCCAAUGUAAGGACUGACAGAGGGGUGAGGUGUGAGAGGACCGACUAGAGAGGAAAAUCAGUCUGGCAGCAGCAUUCAUCACAGACUAUAGCGGGGAAAUACAGCUUUGGGAAGGAGAGGGUUACAAUAAUCCAUGCAGGAAAUUACUAGAGUAUGGUCAAGCUCCUCGGUAGCAUCUUGCAUAAGAAAGGGGCGGAUGCGGGCUGUGUUUUUAAGAUGGAAUCUACAGGAAUUGGCAACAUAAAGGAUGUGAGGCUUAAAGGUGAAGUCAGCAUCAAGUAUGAUGCCAAGACAGAGCAUAUACCACUAAUUUGAAGGGAGAGCGAAAGAGAAGGAACAAAUUCCAGAUGCCAGGUCGCUAUGACGACUAGGAAAUUUGUCCUGGGGCCUGGGAGGGGUGAGCCGAUUCAGCCUCUGAGGUGACCGGCUCGUGGAGAGCGAUUAUACUACAAACAAAAAAUACAACCCAAGUCUGCAAACUAGAAAAUAAUUAUAAAUAUACUUAUCAGUGACACAGAAACAGCUUCCCACAGAUCACCUCCCAAAUGGUGGUCUUAACAAACCAUAGAAAUACACACAAUGCACGUGGGAUUCAGCUGGUAUGUCUAAAAGAAAACAAGUAAACAAAACAUGGUGUGAUACAGUUAAAUACAAGAGACACUCUCUGCUAUAGAUUGCACUUACGAUAUAUUGGAAUAAGAAGCACUCCAAGGGUGCCUCCCCCGAAGUGGAUGGGGGGAGCUAGUAUCUCCUUCUCAGGGUUGAACUUAUCACCAUAAAUCAGGAACCAGCCAGUACUCUAAUAGGUAAAUAAACUUAAAAUGGCUUUUAUUUAAAAAUGACAAUAAAAUAAUCGGUCCCAACAUUGGGAUUUCCUCAGAGACCAAUAUGAAUACAAACCGUAAAAAUAAUUAGGCUCCCAAAAGCAGCCUAAUCCGUCCGACCCUUGAGUCCCCUCAAAUAGGGCUAAUCCCUCAAGUCCAUUGGUGCUCCAAUGGGCGUCUUCCCUUCUUCUCUAUUCCAUUGGAGAAUUCAGCUCUUGCUUCACCUGCUCCUUAAUGUGUAAUUUCGAAUAGCCUUUCUCCCAGCUGUGGGCAAUUCCUCCAAUCAAAGAAAACGAAAGUGCCGUCCGAGACACUCCUCCGUGCGUUUCAAGCGUGUACUUCUGUGUGUUUCAAAGGCCCUCAUGGAAUACAAGAUGGCUGUGUGCUCCACUGUGUAUCCAAGAAUGUCUUGUGAUGAAAAUUGAUCUCCUCCUGGUGUUCUGUAGGGGCAUCUGAUUCAAUUAAGCAGAUAGGGAGAGGCUUCUAGUGAUGUAGUCCCCACUAAGGGGAGAGUGCAGUUAGUUCUCAUUUAAUAUAUCAAUUCCCCCAGAUUACAGUGUGGACAUGUAAAAAGUAUAUAUUGAUUUAUUUCUUAAAGUGCAGUGUAUAUAGAUAUCUGAUUAAACACGCAGUGUCUAGUGAUUAUCUUACUUUUGUAAAAGAAACAUACAAAUAUUAAUCCAUUACUGUUCAUAUUGUAAAUUCCAUUUUUUUUAUUCUUAACACACCAUUUUAGUAUCAGUGAAAUUAUCUGACUUAACAAUAAAUUAAUACAUUAAUCAUACUCAUCGAAAAAGUAUCGGUGCCACACAUACCCAUUAAUGCUGGGUGUUCUAGAAAAAUCCCCUCAUGGAGAGCUGAACGAGGCAGGCGGUUCACUGAGUUCAGAGGCGUCAAGAAAGCUGUAAUCUUCCUGCUCUGCUGCCUCGCGCUACUUUCCAUGAUGCCUGGCAUACUAAACAUUGUGCGAGCAAUGCAUCCCCACUGGAACCCAGGAACAGUAUUCACUCCAGCUCUCCCAAAGGUAGGGAGGCUGGGUGGACAAAUUUAAAUAAAAAAAAUUAUAAUUUGUGAGUGUAUGUGAAAAUGUGUGUGUAUUUGAGUUGCAGUAUCAGUGUGUGUCUGUCUGUCAGUGAGUGUGACCCAGGAAGGAUCUCUAGAGGCCGUCUGAGUGACUGCCAGUAGAGUUGUUACUAAGCAGCAAUGUAAACCUAGAAAAGCGUGCACGGAUAGGGGUUAAAAACCCCUUCUGUCACUUACCUUGGUCCAGUGCCGAUGUCUUAGUCCGCCUUCGCUCCUCCCCACCGAUGUCAGCUGGCGGGGGAUACCUAACGCGCAUGCGCGGCAAUGGCCGUGCUUGCGUUAGGAUUUUCACAUUAUAUAAUGCCUUCCUAUAGGGAUUUGGGUGCCGUUGAAAGUCUUCAUGCAUAGCGUGAGGAUGUCCAGCGUCCGUUAAGAAACCAAAAGUCGCCUAACGGUCCAGAAGUCCCUCUAAUCGCUGUCUGGUAGACAGCCACUGGAGGUGGAGUUAAUCCUGUAAAGUAAUAAUUGCAGUUUAUUAAAAAUAGCUCUUCUAUGUUUAGCCCUUCUAUGGAACCUGGGCCACUGCACCCAGACCACUUCAAUGAGCUGAAGUGGCCUCGGUGCCUAUGGUGUCCCUUUAGAAAGUGUCCACUCUGUAAUAGAACUUGCAGUGUGGUCUAUGAAAUCUAGCAUUUAGUGAUAUGACUUGAUUUUUAAAGUGAACUGUUAGGAUGUGUUUUUGUAAAACCCAAGAUCUCCUUGAUGUAGACCUUUGCAUUGUGAGUUCUCUUUUCCCCCUCAUUCUAUUUUGUUUUUUCUUUUUCUGUAAAGCCUUUUGGUUAUAACAUCGUGUAAGUGGGCAGAACAAUCUAAAUGCCACAUAGAAUUCUGGAAAUGGUGGGAAAACUAAUUCUAAAAAUAAUUUGACUGUUUCUUUAAUGGCUCUCUAACAUGUAUUUUGGAUGUGUAUUGCAUCUUUUAUUUAUAGAAGAGCAAGUAACAAUCUUGGUUUUCUUGCAAAAGUCUAUAAUGAAAUCUGUAGAGUAAUGCUUGAAUCAGAUCCUAUUCAUAAUGCUUCAUAGUGCUAACCAGACAUCAUUCUAUAUUUCUUUAAUUCAUGUGAACAUACCUGUUCCUGUAAUAGUGAGUUUUAUCCAGAUAUUGCUUCUUUUUUUUUUUUUGUUAGGAUGAGGACCCAGAGACCAGCUGGAUGUUGUUAUCAGAGGAUGAUCUAAUUGCCCUUCUUACCCAGUUUCCUUUCCAAGAUCUGUUCAAAAAUGUUCUUGGUUUCAAUCAUAGAGGUAAGUGCUCUCUUUAGUGAUACACAAUCCUAACAUAGUAUCAUUAACACAUUACCAAUGACCACUACUGACCAUACCAUCAUUUCUGGUUUUGAUGUUUUAGCCCAGUAAACACAAUUUUUGUCAGAAAAUUGUAAAAUUGUCAGAUGCUUUUACUUAAAAUUAACAUGCAGUGUGGUCUAUGGACAGGUUAAUACAUAUUGUCAUGCUGAAACAUGUAUAGGUUUGUAUUAAAGCUCUUUAUGCAAAUAUACUUGCUUUUCUGCAAGUUGUCAGCUUCAAACACACACACACACACACACACACACACACUCUCUCUCUCUCUCUCUCUCUCUCUCUGCCUGCCUGCCUCCCUCCCUCCCUCCCUCCCUCCCGAAUAAAUAUUUGUUCCAGCUACUUCCUGGUUCCCAAUUUCUCACCGAAGAAGCUGCAAAUGCAAGGCUUUCAAAUGUGAUCCAAAAGUUUAACUGGCAAACCUUUGAAGGGACAUUGUAGGUUUUGUGUCUGCUUUAAUUCAUUAAACAGGUUUUAGUGUCUGGACUUCCUUGGUACCAUCAUUUCACAGUUUUUAAUGUUUUAAUGCUAAACAAGAGUCCCCAGCAGCCCAUCCCAUCUGUAUAGCUUUGGAUAAAUAGGAAGUAUUAACCUGAGCAGCAAUGGGGAACUGUGAUUGCCUGAGAGUGUCAGGUGACUUAUUUUAGCCUGUCAGAGCUCCAGCUGAUGGUAUGAAUGGGUAUGACUACAAAGAAGUGUGUAAUCUCUGCCUUGGUCACUCCUCCAGAAGGGACUGGACUGUGGGUGGCCAGGGACAUUUAUUUAGUGUUGCUGCUCUUAUGCGGUUUAACACUAAAUGGAGUGACAGUGCCAGGGGACUCCAGGCACUAUAACCAAUGAAAUGGUUAUGGUGACUACAGUGUCCCUUUAAGUAUUCGUGAACCUAUAAGCUAUAUGCAAUUUGCACUUUCUAGCCAUGGUUUUGUUCUACACAGUGAGAUUUAAAAAAUGUCGUCUCUUUAUUCACAAGUAAUAAAACUCUUCUGUAUUUAACAGGUGACUACUUCCCUGAGAAAACUACACCACAGGAAAUGAUGAAGAUGUUUGCUUUUACCAAUUCAUUAGUGGAUCUUCUGGCUCUUGGGCUAGAGACCUUUAACAGAGCACGGUAUCGACAGUUUGUCAAACGGAUUGGUCAGAUUAUACGGUAUGUUUAAUGAUAAUAGGUUAUGUUGGCGCUGUGUAAAUACCAGAAAUAACUUAAAAAUAAUAGGCAGUGAUUAUGGUGCUUGGAUUGUAAAAGAAGGUAGCAAGGCGUACUAAUUUAUGUGUACUGUUAUAACAUAAGUUUUCUUUAAUUUUUUUUUAAUUUUUUUUUUUUUAAAGCUGUGUAAAAUAGUUUUGUGCCCAUUUUAUUUUUGCUCUGGUUACUAUUCCUUGUAGCAGUGAAAUUAUUAAACACAGAAAAUCUUGGUUUCAUUCUUCUUUUCCACAGGAUGGCUCUGAGCUAUGUGAGUGAUCACUGGGAACUCUAUCUGAGUAGCAAUAGUGCCUCUACCCAGAGUUCUGAGCUGUACUCCCUGGGUAAGCUGCAGGCAGGGUAUGACGAACUGUUCCUGCGAUCUGUUCUCUAUGUCCUUAAAGCGAAAAGGUAAGAACUGGAAAAUAAAUGUAUAAUUUUGCCAUAUUUAGUGUCUUAGGUGUGCACUAUAUAGUUCUGUAAUAGGUUAUUUUCUCUAAGCAUUAAGUUAUAUUGAAUUGGCAUCUAAUUUGUAAACAUUUGGCUAAAAUCGUUGUAUUAUUAUUAUUUUGUUUAUUUUUUUUACCCUUAACCUGUUUACUGAACGAACUACAUUGUGUUGCACAUGUCUCUGGUAUCAUUAAGGUGACAUUUAAAUAUAUGUUCUACUUUUUGCAUAGUGGUCCUUUUUAUUUUAAAUUACAGCAUGUAAACUAUAUAAUCUCAUACUACAUCCUCUAGGGGGAAGACUAGGAGUGUCACAUAUAGGAUAUGGCUUUACAUUCAAAAAGGAAAUAAACUGAGGAACAAACAAAAUCAACUGUGAAAUAAUUCACCUAAAAUAUUAUGAUGAUGACUGUAGUUACAGCCACUUAUUAUGAAUAAAUAUAUCCAAGACUUUAAAGGGAAACUAUAGUGCCAGAAAAACAAAGUUGUUUUCCUUGCACUAUAGUUUCCUAUAGUGCCCCCUGUGGUGCCGAACAAUUACCUGAUUCCAGCAACGUUGUCCCUUGGUGCAGGUUCAGGCUCCGCCUCUACUCCUCCUCCUCCUGCCGAUGUCAGCACAGGGGGAGACUUGAUGCGCAUGCACAGCAAUAGCUGCGCUUGCAUUUGUACGUGCAUGUAUAAUGUUUUCCUAUAGGAUGACGCUGGAUGUCCUCAUGCGUAGCGUGAGGAUGUCCAGCGUCAGGUGACCAAAAGCUGCCUAAUGACCCGGAGGUCUCUCUAGUGGCUGUUUGGUAUACAGCCCCUGGUGGAUUUAUCCUUCAAAGGUAAUUAUUGCAGCUUUAUUAAAAACUGCAAUAAUUACCUUUGCAUGGUUAAGGGACCUGGGACACUUCACCAAGACCACUUCAAUGAGCUGAAGUGGUCUGGGUGCCUAUAGUGUCCCUUUAAUUUAUGAUUCAGAAAAUUUUGUAUAAACUGUUGGCCAGAUGGUACUACACCCCAAGUGCACUUUUUCACUGUGCGGACGCAUGUCCCUCAAAGACAUAUUUAUGCUGAGGGUAUGGGAAGGUGGAGGGCAUUCUGCUGCACUUGUGAUGGAUUUGCCCUCUAUUGAGAACAACUCCACCGCACUGUUUUAUGCUUCUCAUUUUUGCUAUACCAUUUUUUUUCUGUCUCCAUGCUUCAUGUAUCAUGACACCAUGAAACCACCACAGUUUCCACCAGUUUCACUUCAUUUUGCAGGUUAUUUUUUUGUGUGGCUUUUUUGUCUUCUUACCAUCCCAUACGAUAAUUGCACACUAAUGAUCUCAUUGCAAAAUUGUUUUUAUGUUGACUGAUAAACUGUGAUGUGAUAUGUUAAUGUUUUUAUGGCUUACUGUUUUCAGAAUUUCUGUAACAUUUGUUUUUCUGUGUCACAGGCUUGGGAUAUGGCUUUUUAUGUCUGAGAUGCCUUUUGGAACAUUGUCAAAUAGUAUGCUCUGGAAGCUAUUUUAUCUCAUGCAUGACGCAGAAAGCGAGAGUAUGUCAGAGCUAUAUCCUACUGUAGACAUGGCUGCAUGCAGUUCCAGACUAAAUGGUAUUUAUUUUUACAAAUCACAAUGAUUUUUCCCCAAAACUUUUAAAAAGGCUUUUGAAAAAUAUCAGUACCGUUCAAACCAGAUAUGCACAAUGAGAUGCGCUCAGCUAUGACACAUUACCCGAAAAGGGAACAUUUUCAUUCAGUUAUGUUUUAAAUUGAUCUAUUUUGGUCAAAAAUGUAAAAUUAAUUUAAAAUUUCCAUCAUUGCAUAACCCUUCAUUAGUAUUUUAGCAUAAAAAACAGAACACACAAAAAUAGCAAAUCUGAUUUUAAUGUGAAGUACUAGUACUUAAAUGGUUGGCCUUUUUACUCUGAAUAAUUUUAAGACGCAUAGUAUCCAUUGCUUUUUUUCCCGUAUUAGAUCCAGAAAACAAACUGAAGUUUGAGGAAUAUCUUUCCACAAUGAACAGCUCAGAAGGGAUUUGUCUUCUCACUACUUUUGCUCAGAUGGCACAAACCAAACAUCAAGAUGUGGAUGAAGAGCUGGUUCAAAGCAUAGCCUUGGAGAUUUAUGAGGUUUGAUGGACUGCAGGGUUUCAAAUGCUCUUAAUUUGAUACAUUUAUUAUUUGAUAUUUUUGUUCCUGACUACAUGAUAUUUUGAUAGAACAUUUUUUUGCUAUAUAUUUGCAACAAAAUGUGAAUUGUCUGAGAGCAACCUUGUUAUUAGAACCAUAAACAUAGAGCAGAUAAGGUAAUUUAUUUAUAUAUAUAUCUAUAUAUAUUUAUUUAUUACAAUGCACACUGGGAUGGGCCUAAAUCAAGAAAACUAUAUAGUUCACAAUAUAACAGAUUUGUAUUCCUAAUGCUAUAGUGUCCCCUAAAAUGAACCUAUAGGUUUAAAAAAACAAAAAACAAUAACAAAACAAAACUUUUUUUUCCCUCAGGACUAUAAGCUCACUUCAAUCACUGAGCCCACUGUCCACCCCAUUUGCUGAUAAAAAGACAAAUUUAAAUAAAGAUUACCAAGCUUGUUUCCAGUACAAAGACUCCUCUGCUGCAGCUGCCCGCUCAGUCUCCAAAGAUGCCAACAUGCCUGCUGAUGUCUACUGUGAUCUCGUCCAAUGAGAUACACACGUAGUCAAACGCUGUGCUCCUCCAAUCAAAUGCUGUUAUGAACAGCAUUUGAUUGCACGUCUGAGUUUCACUCAUAACUGCCUCUAGUGGCUAAUGAGCUCUGGGUGACUUUAACCCCUUAAGGACACAUGACGUGUGACAUGCCAUGAUUCCCUUUUAUUCCAGAAGUUCGGUCCUUAAUGGGGUUAAUGCUGUAUAUAUGUAUGUAUUUAUUUAUUUAUUUAUAAAAUAUUUUACCAGGAAGGAUACAUUGAGAUUGUUCUUGUCCUGGGUCCACAAACACUGCAUUGUUACAAUAGGGUACAAUAUAAUAUUACAAAAAAUAAUACAAUAUAAUGAUAAUAAAUAAAUAUAUAUAUAUAUAUAUUUAUUUACAUUGUCUGGAGCAAAACUAAUGUUUAUCACCAAUAAGGGUGCAGAUAAAUAUUGGCAAAUGAGUUUGAACAGGAUGGAUAUUUCUUUUUGCAAAUAUGUAACUGUUCUACUUUACUAAAUCACAUUAUUUAAUAAAGUGCCAGAUCCAAUCCAAUCAACCUGCUUGAGUUUUAGAGUCAUUGCCUCAUAUUAGGGCUGAAUCCAUUCCAACAUGUGCACAAGCCUGCUCUCUCCUUUGAGCUGGCCUGCAUGUGUGAAAGAGAAAAUUGUAUGUGUUGACAACAAUUUUCUACAGUUACAUAGCUGGAGUGUGCUUGUCCUUGGGCAUCAUUUUGGAUAGCUAAGUGUACGUGUAUUGGAAAUGUGUCUGAGGAAGAUUAGAGGGUUCAAACAUAAUGACAUUAUGUAAUCUACUAUUACUGUUAUAAAAUUCCUGCAUCAAUGGUACUCCACUUCCUUAAAUCUGUUUUUGUCCACUUUGCAGCAUUUUUUUCAUAAAGAGAUUCUAUAUAUAGAUGUAUACAUAUAGUAUACCGCCAGUGUUCUAACUGCUGAAGACCUGUUCCUUGUAGACUUAUAGAGUUGCCUUCUGGGCUCACUGGGAUUAAAUCAAUUAUUGUGGAGAAUUUUUGGAGAAAGUAUCAAAAUCAAAAAAUAUUUCUAUGACCUAAUAUUUUAACCACAAUCCCAUUUUAAUAAAUAUGCCGGAAUAUUUUUUUUUCCUGCAUUACAUUUAUUCAGAAACUAAAUGCUGAGCAACUGUCAACAUUUUUCCACAUGAAUUACUGUCGAUAUACUUCAAGUCGGGAUCAGUUUUACCCUGACUGUUUUUAGUCAUUAGUAGUUUUCAGAUUAUGUUUUGAGUUGCUGUAUGAUACAUGGGUAUUUGUUACUGUGUAUAAAAUGGGAUUUUUGACACACAUUGUAUUGAUUCUUAAUGUUCCCUUCUCUCCAGGUAUCCUACGUGAACCUCUCUACCAGAGAGACAUUUUCUAAAGUGGGUCGUGAGCUUCUUGCCACAAUCACUUUUGUGCACACUAGUAUGAUUUCUGUCCUCCUGGAACGUGUCCGGGCCACCAUUGAUAAAGUGGGAAUGGUGAGCAUUGGUUUAAAUAAUUUUAAUGUUGUUUUUCUGUAUCUGUGGGCUGUUAUCACUGUACGUUUGUGGACGCAUAUUGCUUUUGUGGGUAGUUGCAUGGGUCAUGUUGAAUUUAUUCUGAAUUUAAUUGCGUUUGUGAACAAACCUUAUUUAACCAUCUUUUUCCAAGUUACUUAAGCUAGUUGCCUGUACAUCCACUGGGUGUAAAUGUGUUAAACGUAAAAUAUUGGGGGUUUUGCUGCCCCUCUAGUUUACAAUUUCUCUGCUCCCCAGUUUUUCCAAUACCAGUUGCCAAAUUCGUGUUUACAUAUUAAAACUGUUCACAGAUAGUGUUCUGCAUUAGGGAUAUAUCAACAAUGCUGAUGUCUUAUUGUCCCAGUGUAGUAACUCAGAUAUUGACAUAGUUUUUUGUUUUUUUUAACAGCAGAGUUUGGGAUCCCUGUAGUUAACCGACUUCAUUGACACUUGUGUUUUGUUUUUUUCUCAUGUGUUUUUUUUUUUUGUUUGUUUUUUUUUUCUUAUUUCCUUCUAAGGUAUCCUUAUAUUUAUUUAAAGAAUUGCCUUUACAUAAAUGGCGUCCAACCUCCUCUGAAAUCGGCAUGAUUCGGGACUGGCUGCUCAAUCACAACCUCUCCGAGGUGGAAAACAAGCUGGCCUGUGUUAUACUGGAAGGUCUCAACUGGGGGUUGAACGAAGAGGUGUGUUGUGGGUUUUAUUGUGGGGCAUAUAAGCUGAAUUCAAGCUUUUUAGGAAGUUUAAUGUGGAGAGUGGAGGGUAGUGAUGAGUUGUCAUUUGACUAUCAGUUUGUUUAAAGUAGCCAGGCUGAACAUUUUCAAAUCUAUCCUAGAUUAAGAUUUUCUUUACCGCUCUGUUCUUGUUAGAAAUGUUAUUAGACAAUACAGAUCAAUGUUUAGUGAAUAAAUCCCACUAAUAAAACAUCUUUAUGUAAAAUAACGUUUUCUUAUUAAUUAAGAAAUUUCUGUCAAAAUGUGGAAAAUAGCAGUGCCUCGUAAUAGCUUCUUCCGUCUUCAGUGCUGAUAGAACAGGCGUCAUAUCCUGAGCAAUACUCAGUAGAUACUUUUGAUUUCUCCCUAUUCACGUACGAGAAGAUAUAUAGAUAAUCCUGCAGUUCUUUUUUUACAUCUAAUACAGCUAGAAUCUCUACUCUAACAUACUGUAAGUUAUGUGUAAUUGUAUUAUACUUAAUACUAUACUCGGUGCUAGCAUGUUGUGCACAUUAUUACAUGAUAUUAUUGAAAGCUUUUUUGGGGGGCCUGCAGCUCUAUCUGCUGCAAGUGUUUCCUGUACAAUUUAUAGGCUACAUCUUUGCAACUUCUACAUCUCACCCGUUCAUCCACGUGUUUUGUGAAGAAAGGUCCAAAUGAUGUACAGCAGCAUUUUUUCUUUUCCUGAUAGUGCAUUUCAUUUUCUUCUGUAAACUUAUAACCGUAUAACUGACAAUUUGUUGAUUACAAGUAUGUAAUGAUUGUGAGUGAUUAGGGAAUGUUCUGAAUGAUUUUGAUAUUGAACUGUAUUUUUUUGUAGUCAGCAUGGUUGAUAUAUUGAUCUUUAACAGAACGCUCUUCACCUCGAUGCUGCCGUUCAUGUUGAAGUUGCCCUUAUGGUCCUUGAAGCAUACCAGAAAAAUAUCACGGAGAAGCCGUACACCGGACUGAUUUCAGAAAGCAUAAAGCAGGUACUCCUAGUUUGUUGCCACGUUUCUUGUAGAGUCUUCUGCAGUUUCGAAAUACACUGCAUUGUCCUUUUGUAGGCUUGUAAGAAAUACUUCUGCGGGGUUUUUUAUUAAUUCUGUUGUACCUUUUCUCUAAAUAAAGGUAUCUUACUUAGCCAGUAUUGUCCGAACGGGUCAAACUCCUGAAGCUUCUUUCAAUCAGUGGGCUUGGGAUCUAGUGCUAAGGCUCAAAUUGCACAGAAAUGACAACCUGAAGCAGCUGUGUGAUAAAGUUCCUGACUUGACAGAAGCCUCUAUUCUGCAUCCCGUGCUUAAAGCAGUGAAACUGGGUAUCCCUAUUGGCUGUUACAUUGCUCUUGCGGUUUCCUCAAUUGGACACAGGUAAAUGCACCUUACAUGUGUGUGACAUACGGGUUUGAUUUGGAAUGAUUGUUGCUUUUUAAAAGAAAGAAAGAAAAGGAAAGACUUAAAGCGGCUCUGUCAACUUCUCGGGUUUUUUCUUUUUGCCGCUGGUAGUGUGGUGGCAGCCAUUUUCUUCCAGAGGAUCCUCUUCAGCUUCUGGCGCUUCAUCUGCAAAGAGUUGACAUGAGUGCUGUACUCUGUCACAUGCGUGAAAAUACAACACUAGUGCCUAUGGAGGAUCCCACAAGAGCUUUGUAAAGAAAAAAAAAAUGCAUGAAACAAAGUAGUCCCUAUUUUGUAUAGUGAUUUUUAGUUGGAAUUCCAACACAGUCGAUGUGCGUAUUUCAAAAUGUUUUAUCUUUAUGAAAUGCACUUUUUUAGGGAUGCAAGAGACAACAACAAAAAAAAAAUCCCAUAAAGCAUAGGUAAAAAAUACUUUUACUUUUGUAAAAUACUUAUUACAUGGUAAUACAAAUUACCAUGAGUAUAUUUUAAGAAUGUUUAUGAAUGCAAUUUGACAAAAAAUAAAAAGCUUUUGGUUGCCUUCUUAUGUUGACUUGUUUGUUGUUCUUAUUACACAGUGUUGACAAGUUCUGUGCAGAAGGUGUCACUUUGCUGGGAGAACUGAUCCAGUCCAGGCACCUGCGGGCCGUUGUUCACCUUUUGGAUAAAAUCCUGCCCAUGUUUUACCCCUGCCAGAGCUAUCUCCUUAAGAAUGAGUUGUAAGUUAUGCCCUCUUUCUCUAUCCAACAUGUCUAAUACAGUUUGUGCACAAGUUUUCACAUAGACUGAUGUUUACCAGGUAUAUAUAGUGCAAAGAGUAUUGACCAUCUCUUGAUUCAUUCGGUGUGUGCAUUAGCUUUGUAUUGCCCAGAGUACAUUCUUAGAUCCCAUCGAGUAAUAGUAGACUCUUUGGAUCUCAACAUAUUUUAAUUAUUUAUUUUUUGUUCUUUGCUACUUCCAUCUGCAGCACUAAAAGUGUUCCCCUGUGUAUUUUACUCUCUGUAGGUUUUUGUCCUACAUUUUACUCUUCCUUCAGCUGGACAGUGGAGCUCCUCAGGGUAUGACCAUGCAAAUGACACAUAAAGUUACUCAACACUUGACUGGAAUUAAUUAUGGAGAAAAUGUGAAGCUUUUAACAAAUAUGGUGCAUGUGAGUACUGACUUGGUCAUUUGGUUUGUCUUUGGGUGGAAGCGUCCAGCUUUGGUGAUGACUAGGUUAAGAUCAAUUCAUUACUGAUCACUGGAAAAAACUAAAACAGUAGUUGUAGGCUACAAUUUAGUUUGGUUUACUGUUAUUCAUAUUGGAUAUUUACUGCUUACUGUUUUUUUAGGAUGGAUUGCAUCAAAUAAGCUCAUCUCUUAUACCUCUUACAGCAUAAUAAUUUACUAAAAUGAUUACUAAAAAGAAAACUUUUGUGAAUAGGUUGUAAGUCUGAGCUUACAAAUGCAUCAGAGGAAGAUUAUUAUUUUUUUGGUAACUUUUUUUUGUGUACUUUGUUUUACUGGUGACCUUUAAAUGCAUCAGUCUAUUUCCUAGUCCCCAAGUGUCUAAUUGCAGCUCUCAAUCCACUGCUUACUGAUGGAAGCGAAUUGUGGGAGUUGUAAUCCAUUAAUAGUUUAAGGGACACAAAAGGGUUCUGAGGCUCUGCCUUGUCACCCGUUUGUUGUACAAUGUUAACUACUUGUUUUGGUUUACCCCCAAAGUCUCAUAUAGCUGCAAGCAACAGUUCCAACGAAGUGGGUGCUGUGGCUGUGCUUGAGUUUUGGACUCAAGUCCUCAUUAGCCAGCAGCUGUGGCACAGGGAUAAAGGAACUCUCCACCUGAUGGAUGAGCUAUGCAAGGCAGCAUUCAGAUACCUGCAAGAGGAAUGUGUACAGAAACUGCUCUACCAACAGCACAAGGUAAGGCAAAAUGGCUCUCCCAGGGUAUUUAAUGUAUUUCUUCACUGACUAAGGCCUCCAUUUAAUACUGUUAGAAAAAUAUUUCCAUGUGAUUUAUCUACAGAAGUCAUCAUUAAAGGAUGCAUGAAUUUUUGUAAAUAGAUCAUUUGGAAAGUUUUUCUAAUAGUAUUGAAACAUUUGGAAACCUUAUUAAAAUGAGGCUUUAAUAGCAUCUAGUGUUCUCCUCAUUUAACAAGAUAUUAUACAUGCAUAUAAGGCUGAAAGGGACUUGUCGUCCUGGGUGUGCAGGAUGUUUCUUCAUUGUGUCCUUCUCAGAACUGCAUCACCGAGGAGACUUCCUUAUGACAAGGUUUCCAAAUACUUUCUCUAUGUAAAUAAAUGGUCUAGAAAUGAAGCAAAGCGUAGAGGAACAUGUUUGUGUGGGUAUGGAACCCCUCAGUAACCCUUUAUACACAUGGCAUAAUUUAGGUUUUUUUUUUCCAUCCGAUUUUAAUUGAGCUUAUUAAUUUCUAGGAUGCGUUGGGAUAUCACUGUGACCGUGGUCUGAUCUCUUCAUUUGUGGGUUGGAUCGUAGCAGGCAAUGUGACUCCUUCCUUCAUUGAUUCUGCCUACAACCCCUCGCAGGUACUGACAAUGUCCAUCUGUUGACUAUGAAAACUUUUUAUGUUUUUAAUUUUAAAAGUAUUUUUUUUUUUUCUACAGUAAGAUUUUGUAAUGGAAUAUAGUCUUAAACAUGCAUUCGAUGGUUUAUCUGUUAAGCGUGUGAACAGGUUCACAAAUUGUCUUGAUUUUUGUUUUGAUUUUCUUCUUUUCCAUGUGAUCAUUUUCAGAUCUGGUUCUCUUGGAUGGUCCUUAACACAGAGUCUCUGUUUGAGGAAGAUUCACAGCUACGUAGAGUUGUUGAAUGGGAACUUGUCAGAAAUCCAUCCAUUACUCCGGAUCAGGCUCUUAAGGUAUUUACACUGACAUUCAUUCAUGCUGUCUACUUAUGCUUUAUUGCUACAAUCAGCUUUUGCAAAUGAUGCUACUUUAAUAACAUUUUCAGUUAUUGUUGUAUUAUUACAUAUGAAUGGUCUGUCUAGUUUUUAAUAUGGCAUUGUGUUGGUUUUUUUAUGUCCCGAUUUUUUUGAAUUUUUUUUUUUGAAUAAUGAACUGUAAUUCUCCUUUCUUCUUACUAGAAAGCUCAGCAGCAGUUGAAGUUACCCAUUGUGCCUUCAGUACAGAGGUUAAUGAUUUAUCGUUGGGCUCAUCAGGCUUUAGCUACCCCAGCAGAUCAUCCUCUCUUACCAUUCUUUUGGCAAAAGUUCUUUCUCCUUUAUCUUAAUCGUCCAGGACCCCAGUAUGGGUAAGGUGCUAUAGUGCCAUACAAUGCUUCACUAUUGAGUACUACAGAUUAUAUUUAAUCUUGGCGGUGAAACAAUCUGACAGUUUGUACAAAUGUAACAUUCUACAUUGCAUGAGCUCUAUUGUUCAAAACACGUUAAUAUCAGUACUGAAAUUACUUCUCUGUGCAAUAAACUCCAAGCUCAGUUUUUAUGUGUUGUAAGUGAAUUUUUUUCACAAAAGCCGUUGUAGAUACGGAGUACCUCUCAAGGUGCUGUAGAGCUACUCCACUCAUGUUGCUUUGUCUAUAAGUUGGCAAAGAUUCAUGGUAGUUGUAGCUCUAAAACAGAUGAAAGGGCUAAUUAUUAUUAUUUUUUAUUUUUAUUUUUUUUUCGGCUUACUCUUGUUUUAAGGACAAUCUCACAGCACAAGUUAGAGAAUCCUUAGUAGGAUGAAUAUGGAGUCUCCGACAAUAAAUGUUAUUGCUCUCUAGCAAAACUUGAUUACAAGCACAAUGGGGUUUUCAUUUUGUGAAAUAACAUUUAAAGUGCCCUUGAUUCCAUUCUUAGGUGUGAAAUAAAUCAUUACUUUUAUUAUGUAACACGUGUUCAGCUUUUUUACAUGCUACAUUCUGCUUUUGGUUCAUCAAAUGAUUUAGAUGUUUUGCAAACUGCAGCUUCCAUGCUUUAUUUAUUUAUUUAUUUAUUUCUUUGUGUGCUUUUACUGGUCUUUUACAAUCAACUUCUGAUAAAUAAAUCUACUCAGAUAUAUUUCUUACUUUUAGCAAACAAAUAUAUUAUAUUGCUUAGAGCACCAUAUACAGACGAAGCUAAAUGUAGCCUGUACCAUAACUUCCCUUAGUGAACACAAUACGUGUGGCUCAGCCAGACUUGGCAUCCAGGAAGAUGUAAAGGGGUCAUGAAAUUAUUUCUUCUCUGCUACAAGCUCAACACAUAUAAGCAAUAUUUAAUUUACAAAUGUACUUGAAACAUACAUUUUGGUUAGCUUCUUUAGGUGCCUUCCAUGAACAGAAAUUUCCUUAUAAUUAUUAUUAUUUUUUAUUUUUUUUGGUAAGUUUAAUUUAGGUGUAUAGUGAUGCAUUAGGGUAAAUGGUCAAAUGUGUCCAGAACGUCUGUAUGUAAGCUAUUUUGGAUUAUUCUUUUCUCAGACUUCCAGUAGAUGGCUGCAUUGGAAAGCGUUUUUUCAGCAGCCAUGCACAUGCCCACCUCCUGAAGCAGAUGAAGCGCCGUCUGAUGGAAGUGGCAGAUUUUCACCAUUCAGCCAGCAGGGCUUUGAGAGUCCUGGUCCCUAUGGAUGGAUCACCUGUAUUUUCAGACUCUGGGGGAAGCAGCCAAGAGUGUAUGACCCCUCCUGACCUGCACAAGGAACUGGUGCGGUAAGGGCUUCCCUACUUAUAGUAAUGAUAAACAUAAUCCUGAACUGCACAAAUCUGAGUUUAAUGUGUGCAUUUGGAAAUUAAAAUCCGAUUUAAUGGGACUAUAGAAAGUAAAUUGUACCUCCUUUAAUAUUAUAUAAUGUCUAGAUUUACAGAAAAUUAUAUGCUUCUGUUCAAACAAAUAAAAUAAUAAUGUACCUGUGUGCCUUUCACUGGUCUAUACUCGCCUUUUGUGAUACAGUGCAAAACCAAAGCUGGAAACUCAAAUUUGGCAAGCUGGAGGCUCUUGUUUUUGUCAGUUAAAGGAAGAAAUAUUGCGCAUGUGUAGCACCAAUUCUAUUAGUCUCUAUGGGUUAUGGUUGAAUGGUACAUGCAAUUUGCAGAUUUUACCGUACCUUAAUGGUUCAAUAUACAACUGCACUCAGGGACAAAUGACUAUAUAUAAAUAAAAUUGCAGUACUCAUGUUUUACAUUUUACUGCUGGUAGAAGCUUUUCUUGUAGGCAGAAGGCAAGGUUAUGGACAAUUUGAAAUUUAAAACUGUAUGCAGAUUAGCUACUCAAAAUAUUUGGUCAAUCAGACUAUAUGUAGGAUUCAAACACGUCUCAUCUACACAAAUGAGAAUAAACUAACCACAAACAUAGUUUUUUUUUUUUUUUUUUUCAUUAACUGAAUUCAGCCCGUAUAAAACUGUGACAGGUCUGUGUUUAUACUGGGGUCAUUGAGAAUCUCUAUUUUUAUGGUAUUUGCAAUAUAUGUUCUAAAUCUCUUGUUAGAUGCAUUCAGAAAAGUGUUUUCUUCUCGAUUCUUGCAUAUGAACUGAAUCAAAGUUUUCAAUCUCUUCUAGGUUAUACAAUGUGUUUAUUGUCUGGCUGGAAGAUGAAAAUUUUCAGAAAGGUGAUGUGUACAUCCCCUCUUUGCCUAAACAGUAUGAUACUCACCGUCUGGCUAAGAUCAUGCGUAAUGAACAGGUAAAUGAACACGUGAGCACACAGGUCAUUCACUUGAAAAGGUAGGACCUGACUCUAUAAGAGGUUUGCCUUGAAGGGACAGGUGGACUUACACCUAAGGCCAUUGAAGAGAAGCAAAAAAGAAACUCAAUUUAUUUAAAUAUGCACAGGGAUUUGGGAUAGUGCACAGGUAACCCUUUUCUUUGGUUUUUAUUGUAAUUAUUGGGACUAAUGUGUACUAUGGCCAUUGCUGUCUUUUAGGAGUAGUGUGGGUCCGAGCACAAUACUUAUUUUUGUGUAUUUGGACUAGACUUUUGUGCUGCUUGGACCAUUUGGCACAAUGUACAAAAUAUAGCGUAUUCCAUUUACAAAUUACUAGUAUCAAAAUAAAGAUAAAUUAGGGAUUGUUUUACAAAAUAUUCCACGUUUGGCAGGUCCUAACAAUGGUUAUUCUAGCAAAACUAAUCCUGAGAUAUCCAUACUGUUAAGGUUUUCAAAAAAGACUCUUAACGGGAAGUGGUAGCUAAUAGAGACAAAUUGUGACACCUUGUGGUCAGAUCUUUUAUCAUUUUAGAAGUUUGUAAAAAAUUAAAUUGUGUGCUUAAAAUUUUUCAGAAGUCUAUAUAACCUGACGUUGUUACAUAAUCUAAUUCAGAGCUAUCUACUUAGAUGUUUAAAAAAAGUGACACGAAUUUUAGAUUUCUACAGGGAAAUCUUCACAAUAAUAUAAGUUUACUUGUAGAUUCAUUUCUAAACCGGCAUUCAAUCAUCCCAUGACUGAUUCAUUCAAUGCAUCUCAAAAUAAUUUGGAUACAACUUCGAGUAAGACAAAAGGAUACUACCAAGGAUAACCUUAUUUCUUUUACUAAUAAUCAUAAAUGUCAUUAAAGUAUUUGCACUUACUACUAUUGAUUUAAAUUUGUUUGGUACUCUUCAUUGUUUCACAAUGUAGACAUGCAUUUAACUUAAAUCAUACUUACUUGUUAUAACCAUUAAUCUGAAUAAACUUAGUUAUUAAUAUAAUGCUGGUCAAAGGGCCUCUAAUUUUAGAGCAGAGCUGGGACACACGUGCUCUGGCCUGCCUGAGAUUGUGGGCAACAGAUGCUAUUUGUUAAUUCUGUACUGAUGGCUUGCAUGUGUCAUGUAGUGUUUUUGAUUUUUUUUGAAACUCUCCACUAUCAAGUUUUUGGAAUGUAGCACUUUUCUGAUAUAUCUGAUCAUUUGCAAGGGAGGCGUAACAAAUGAGUAAACCCCUCUUUGUUACUGAAAAUAAACUAAUAAUAUAUGUUUUUCUCUCCAGAGUCUAUGGAUGGAGUUUAUAAAUAUGGAGCGCAUUACAUAUGAAAUUCAAGAUGCUAUAAGUCUGUGGACUCAAAUCAAGCUGGAGAUGGAUACAAGUAUGCUUGCUCCAGGGCAGUCAAUGCAUCUACCAGACCCCUCGACAGGUAUCUUUGUUAACUCUUAUUGCCUUCGUGUUAAUGGGGGUAACUUUGUGAAGUGACUUAAAAGGAUCAAUGAUUUGAGCUUAGUGAAUACAAAUAAAAUGUUAUCCAGGCCUUUAGACAUGUAUAAGUCUUAACAUGAUUAUUUUUUGUUUGGUUGCUCAAAAAUUACCAUGAUAUUGUUAUGUUUGUUACAGCAAAAGAGAGAAUUUUCAGUAAUCUGAAGAAGCACAAUAUCCCUUGCCCUGGCAUCACAUUGCAACUUAUGAAGUCUCCUGUGCCAGUCAUUUCACCUUCCUGUUACAUUAACGUCCAGGAAGCAAUGAAGCUUGUUCACAAAGACCUUACUAUAUUACAACAAUAUGCAAAGUGAGUGUCUGUCUCUGUAUGGUAAUGCCUUUAAAGGGACACUGAUGAGGGACACUAUAACCAUUUCAUCUCAUUGACUUGGUUGUUGUGCCCAGUUGUGCCACUGUCUCUCCAUUACAUGUUUAACCAUUUUCUAGUAAUUUUAACACUGAAUUAGGAUUCCUAGCUGCUCACAGCCCAGCCCCUACUGGAGUUAUGGCUAGAAUUUCCACUUGGGUAAAAUUUGAUUGCUGUUCUAUGCAAAAUAACAAGAGAAUGCAUUAUAGAUCGAUGUUUCAUGAAAGAACACUCACUGUUAGCUAUGUUUCUGUGCCAAGCUAUUGUUGUUGUGACAAUCUUUGCUCUGUUUCUGUUGCAGAUCUGCAUCAAUGAGGGAAUCUCAACAAGUAGCCUUAGAUAGCGAGAUGCUUGAUACAAUCCCAAAAUUAUAUGUCAACCGGGAAGAGCAAAUUGAAAUGAAGAUCGAAUGUCGAGGAAAUCUGAAUAAAUCCUGUUCUGGACCAGCUGUAGUGACUGUCAAGGUCAGGGUUGUUACUUAAUUUAAUUCUCAGACAAUUAUUCUGUUACCCAACACAAUUAUUAAUAUGAUCUCCGUGAGCAUUUAGAUUAAGUGUGUUCACCCUUGGCCUUCCACUUGUUGCUGGAUCACAUUUCCCAUUGUCCAGCAACAUGUGGAGAUCUGACAUUUAAUGCACUCUUGGUAUUCCUUAAUGUUAUUGCUAUUUGCUAAGUUGGACAGAGAGUACUAUAGUGUUAGAAAUAGAAAGAUGUAUUCCUAACAUUAUAGGAACCAUAGCUCCCCCCCCCUCCUUUUCCCCAGCUAUAUAAUGGUUAAAUGGCAUUUUAAACACUUACAUGAUUUUAACACCGAUGUUCCUUUGCGCUGGGUCAAGCUCCUUCCAAUGUCAGCCAAUCAGGGGAACCUAAUGUGCAUGCACUAUGAGCUUGCGCAGGCAUUAGGCCUCUCCAAUAGGAAAGCAUUGACUUUCUAUGAGGACUGAAACUGCUGGAGGUACUCAUGCAAAGCGUGAAGUUUUUCAGCGUUGUUUCACGGAGUCAAACAAUGUAAAACAGCGGGAAGCGCCUCUAGUGGGUGCUGGUAGACUGCCACUAGAGGCAGUCUUAACUUGCAGUGUAAGCAUUGCAGUUUCUAUUAAACUGAAAUGUUUUACAUUGCAAGAUUAAGGGAAUGGGGACAGUGCAUCAAGACCACUUGAAUGAGAUGAAGUGAACUGGAUGCUUAUUGUGUCCCUUUAAAUCUGAAAUGUGAGAAAUAUCUGCAUGGUCGAACUAAUAAACAUUAUUUAUGAUUUGUAUCUACUGUUACUUUGGUGACAAGCGACCCAUAAACCCCUGCAGUAGGAAGGGUACAGGGCUCUCCUAGAGAAGUGUAAAUGAGAAGAGGUGUGAGACCCUUCCUACUUUAAUUUUUGUUUUCUCAUUAUUUAGAAAAUGUUUGGGGAAUUCCAUUAAUAUUUUUUUCUUCCUUAAAAUGCCUAAUACAUUUGCACGUGUGUGUGUGUGUGAUUAGAGCUUGUGGAUAAUAUCUAAAUCUCAGGCUUUCUCAAUUCCACUAUUAGUAGCUGAUGUGUGAGUAAGUAGAUAAUUGUCUAAUAACUGAAAUGGUCUGUACCAUAGUUUGAAGGCAUGCAGAUGGACGAAGCAAUCAGCCAACAACUUCACGUCCUGCGACGAGAAAUGAAGCAGUUACAGACUGACGCUACCAAACCUACGACACUAAGCAUUAUCGAAACAGCUGUACAUCUUGAGAACUUUAUAACGUGAGUUCAGGGUGAAUGAUGACUUCCUUCCUUUUUGGUAUGGUGGUGCUGCAUGAAAGUUAAUCUUUGAGUGACACAUUUUUUGUAAAAAAAUUUUUUGCUUUGAGGAACAAUUUAAUAAUUUGGGUAAAUAGAGAGGUGCCAUAAUGUCUAUCCACAUUAAGAGAAAUGGAAAAAUUUAAUUUUAUAUAUUUCUCAACACACGUAAAUUUGUAAUAUUGACAACCUGUUAGAAGAAAUGGAGACUAUUAUCUGCCAUUGUCAGUGGAAAUUAUGUGUGAAGUCUUUCAGUCUCAGGCCUUACACAGGUUGGUGUAGAACUGAAAUUUUAAGAAGUGUUUCUUCCUGUUUAUGUGCCUUUUAAUUUUUUAACAAGCAGUCAACAUGCUGAGAACCAUUUGAACUUCACUACCAGUAUGGAACAGCAUUUACUAUGUGGCACUGCAAAGAUUCUGUAAAGAAGCUUAAACUUUAAUACAUUGUAUGUCAUAUGUUAUGCAGUGUUCAUUGCAGUACAGUUCGAAAACAAGCAGCAAACAAAAAAAAUGUAUUCAGUUAUUGAUGUUGACUAUACACUAUGACUUUGUUCUACCCUCUAAUGGCCAUUGACAUGCAAGCAGUCAUUGAACAUCUUUUAUGUGUAAUCUGUAUAUCUACUAAGAAAAUGUUUAUUCAUUAUAUGGUGUCAAAAUACCCAGAGUUGUUUGACUUACCCCAGAUAAAAAUUAUUUCCAUACAUACUUUAAUGUAGUUUCUAUCUUUGUGUAUUUUGUUAUGCAUUUACAAAGCUGGUAUGUUGUGGGUUUCUUGUGCACACAGGGCUCUUGUGAAUGCUUUCAAAGUGCAGUCUCCCCUUGAGAUACAAAAAAUUGGGAUUGGCACAUUCUUUGCAGUGGUGGAGUUUGUCUGUGAUGAAACCCAACGGCACCCUCCAUCCCGUCAAUUCUUUACCUCUUGCAUUGAAAUCUUGGGUCAGGUACGGCGUUUUUUUAAAUUUAAUGUGCAUAUAAGGCAAAUAUAACUGGUUACACCAAAGGUUAUUUUGAACGUUAAUUUUUACAGCAGUAUAAACACACUCCAGGCUUCUAAACAUCAAAUAUUUAUCUUAUUUUUGACUUCAUGACAGAUAUGUGAUUUUAAAAAUAAAAGCUAAUAAAAACACCAACUGUGCUUCUUGUCACAGGUAGUGGUGGGAAGUCUAGCAGGAAAAGUUAGUCAUGUAUGACUGCAGAAUAUGGCAGUGCUGAAAACUGAACUACUCAUUACAUUCGUGAUGCUGGUCAAUCAUCAUGUUCUUAUAGACAGAGUCUUGUUCAUUCACAUUGCAUUUGUUUUGUCUACUAUAUUAAACCAUUUGUUGAUCUCCAUUUUGUAAUGUGCAGGGUUUAUAUUUUUAUAGAACUAUCUUUUAACACUACACGUUGGAUGACCUACAACUAAAGUGGCCUAGAUUUAUUUGCUAACCGUUUUCCAUUUGUAUUUAAGGUGUUUAUCAGUGGAACUCAGUCUGAAUGUAGGCCCAUCCUUCAAACGAUUUUGCAGAAUAGGAGGUUGUGCACUCUGCUGUCUCCUUACUUUACACCAGCCGCCUCCCCUGGGGAGUUUGUACAGUUAUAUGAAAAAGUGGUGGAAGCCAUCAAUGAAGAUAACAGUGAUGUCAUCUUUAUGCUGCUAACCAAGGUAUGUUUACUUUUGCUUAUAGCAGUGAUUCAGAACUCAAAAUUGUAUCUAAAUGCUAUUUUAGUUGGUUCUCAUUGGAUCUUUAAACCAAAUCACAGUCGUCAGACUGUAGACUUCAGCUGCUCACAGUAAAUUGUUUACUAUAUAACUUUCUUCCAUCUUCUAUGAUACUGGAAGGAAUCUGUUGAGUGUGCUGGCACAUUUUGUUUAGCAUAGUUUAUAUUCGCAUUUAAAAAAAAAUAAAAAAAAAUGGUAAUUGGGCUAAUUUCACAAUUGAAGAAUAUGUGACAAAGGUAUUGUAAUGUACAGUUUACGUCCCUAUCAGAAAGAGCUAUAAUCUUUUCACAUUUAAUUUUCUGCCUCCUCACCUUUUAGAGUAAUGUACAUUUUCAAGGCAGUACUAGUGAGUUAUGUCUUGGUCCAAUUUGGUAGGCAAAACAAAAAAGAUGAACGUAUCAAACCAUCUCUCGCUGGAGGCAUAGAACUUGCUAAUUUGCACAGCGGCUUGUUCUUUCUGUACAGUUUCCAGUGGCGUGCUAAAGGGUUUAUGGCACUUUCUAUUUGAUAAUUUCUGAAAGAAUAGAUUUGAAUCCAUAAACAUGUAGUUUCAUGCAGAGCUGGUGCUACAAUAAAGCAAGUUAUGCUUUUGCAUGGAGCUUCUGUUUGUGGAGUGCUCUUCAGUUCCAUAGGCACUGUUCCCCUUUUCACAGGCGAGAAAGCUUAUUGUGUCCAUCUUAGGCAGAUGUAGAUCACUGUUGGCACUUCUGUAUGACUCAUGGUUCUACCAUUGCAAACCACAAGCUUCCACCAACAGUCCACCACGGAUCGCCAAGCCUUUUUAAUGAGCAUUAUUACGACUGUUAUACUUGCGUAUUGUAGUCUCAGAAGCCUAACAUAUCUAUUUUUUUUUUGUUGUUGUUUAAGUUUGACCUUAAUCACUGGUUAAACUCUGCCAAGCCUUCUAUGUCAGAGCGGACUAAACUGCUUGAAUGUGUCCAUUUGGCUCUGACUCUCUGUGGCCUUGUACCAGAAGAGGACCUACUGAUGCCUUUCAAUAUCUUCUGUAAGCACUGGAACUCUAUCCUCCGCUACCAGUUCCCAGAUCAUUACAGUGACUGCCUGCGGCUGCUUAUGCAAAGUAAGAUCUGAUUGACAGUCCAACAAGCAUAUUAUAGAUCUUAAUAGCUCUCAUGGGUUUGCUUGCAUUUUGAGAACCUCUUUUUAUGUCAGAAAGAUAUGAGUCUCUGGUACAGCAUUAAGAUGGAUAUAUACAGUUUGUGGACUCUUGUAUGGCAAGUACAAUUCACUUGGGGUUAAGGGCCAUUUUAAUGCAAGAGAUUUAGAAUAGAAAUGCAUGUAGGGUAAUCGUAUGGUGGGAAUUUGUAAUUUAAUAUAUCUCAUUUAGGACUGUAUUAUUAUUAUUAUUAUUAUUAUUACAACUACGAUUUAGGUUUUAUUGCAUUUAAUAUUUUAUAUUGAAUAACUUUUCAUAGAGACUUCAACAAAUGACAGUGUGGAUAUAUAAUGGGGUAUAUCAAGUUAAAAUUAAGUAGAUACCACAGGGUAAAAAAAAAUGCUUUAUUGCUCUGGAUAUUCUAGGUCAAUGAUUUGAAUGAUUUCUAACCAUUGGUGCUGCAAAUAUUUCAUUCUACAGCUGAUUUAGUCAUAUUUUUUUUCUCAUGUAAUAUAUAAUGUAUUCAAUUCUAUUUGGUUCACCAUUAUACACCCUCUUUCUCUUGGUGUUGUAUGUAUUAUGAUGUGCAUAAUUCUAUGUAACAAAUAUGGUGUUGGGGCUAUAUUUUUCAAUAGGUUAAACCGUAUCAUUCUACUAAGUGAUAUCUGCAUCUAAUCCAUUUCCUUUUUAAUUUUAUAAAUACAUUAUUUAUGGUUAUAUUUCAGGUUCUUCAGAGCAGCUGUUGAGUCCUGAAUGUUGGAAAACCUCUCUGAAGGCUGUAGGGUGCUACACACCACGAAAACCCCAAACCACCUUAAAACAAGAGUCCGCUGAUCCUCUUGCCUACCCAAGCUCUGCAAGUAAAAUGAUGUUAUCAGCAGAGCAGGUGACACUGUCGGCCAUCUUCAUUACUGUGGUCUUUUUAGUAUGCUAUGUGGCAUCACCUCUCUAGAUUUCCAAGUGUCAGUGGUUACACAACAUAAUGUAAACUGAUUUGAGGGCUUGCACAUCAUAAGUUUGUCUAUGGUUAACCGCUCUACAGAUUUUUAACUACCCAAUUGAUUUCCAACUUGAGAGCAGAAAUAAAUAAUGUGUGAGAAGGAUAAAGGAUUGUUGUGCAAGAGGUGUCAGGCUGCCAGAGAUGACUUAGGCCUCGAUUUGAUAUUGUUGCAUAUGCUUUUCAAAUGUUUUCAUAUUUUUGGAUAGACCUUUCAAAUUACUUUUUCAACAUAAUAAAAUGUCUAAACAUGUAUUGUAUAUACAAAAAUAUGUAAAAUAUCUAAUUAUUAUUAUUAAAAAAAAUAUAUUUUUCAUCAUAUUAAAUACUUGUAAAUGUUUAUACAAAAACAUGAACUAAUUUGGAAAGCUUACCCAACAAUAUUAAUUCGAGGCCUAAAUUUAACCUUUAAGAGACUGGUACUAGAGUCAGCAGAGGCAGUUUUUGCCUCAGAAAAACAAGCAGUCUGCUGACAGCCUGAUCAAAUCACAGUGCUUCUCCAUAGGAUUGGCUGAGACUGACAAAGAGGCAGAUCAGGGGAAGAGCCAGCAUGAUUCAAACACAGCCCUGGCCAAUCAGCAUCUCCUUAUAGAGAUUAAUUGAAUCAAUGCAUCUCUAUGUGGAAAGUUCAGUGUCUGCAUGCAGAGGGAGGUGAUACUGAAUGUUUGGAUGCAUUUUAGGCAGCCAUGACCCAGGAAGGAUCUCUAACAGCCACCUAAGGAGUGGCCAGUGAAGUUAUCACUAGGCUGUAAUGUAAAGACUGCAUUUUCUCUGAAAAGACAGUGUUUACAGCAAAAAGCCUGAAGGGAAUGAUUCUACCACCAGAACAAAUUCAAUAAGCUGUAGUUGUUCUGGUGACUAUAGUGUCUUUUAAAGUCUGUAAAAUAUAUCCUGACUAUCAUACAAUUACUUUGAAGAGAAAUGCACCACAUUUAAUAGCAGUGACAAAGAAUGACUGUUAUGCUAAGAGCUAGGCUGGGGGUGUUUAGUUACACAGGUACAAAUCUUUUCCCAUGAAUUAUAAGUGAUAUUUAUUGGCUUUUAAUUAUGUAUGUUUUAGAUGUUUCACAUUUUUUUUCUUCUUCAAUAAUUUGUCUUUUUUAAUUUCCAGGUGUUGGAGACCAUUAAUUGGCUGUCAGAUUUUUUCUACAAGUUACGCUUGUCCAAGUCUGACUUUGAGAGCUUUGGUUUAUUUUCAAAAUGGAGCACUUAUAUCCCUGAAGUAAAGAUAUUUUUAGAAUACCUGGUAAAAAGUCUCAUUGAUUAUGAAUUUGAAGCAAUGGGAAGUCACAGAAUCCAGGCAGGUAAUAACCAUGUCCAAUCUGUUAACUUCUUUCCUUGUCUGACAUUUGUGUGGGAUAGAAAUAUAUCUAUGAAACUGGCAACUGCAAACCACCUUGUUACCAUUGUCUGUCUGCAUUUUUGAAGGAACUCUUCAAUUAAAAAUAUGUAAAAGGAAUAAAAAUAAAUUAUUGUAUAUAUUCUUAAUUUCUAUUAUUUUUUAGAAGCAUGGAUUUUGUUUUCCUGUUUGUAAUGUCCUUUGGAUUACAUAGCAUUGUUUCAACAGUUAAAAGUUAAAACAAGACACACAUACUCUAUUAAACUCACAUUAAUUCCAACACUGGGAAUGUCUCCUCUCUACAGCUUUGUUCCUUUUCCUUGCUCUUAGCAAAGUGUUGGGACACACUGCGCAUGCAUUACAAUCAACACAAUCCACCAGAGAUGCUUCUUAUUUAGAAGCAUUUAAACCAGUACUUCUCUAUGAGAAACACUCAAGCAAGAAACUCUCCUGGAUGUCUGAUUGACAGUUGAGAGGUGUUACUAAGGGUGUUUUUUAAAAGUGCAAAUUCAUCUGAUUACUUGGGACCAUCAAGUGAUGGGAGGUCUAGUCUUGCAUGUAAGGGAAGACGAGAAAGGUAAGUUUGGGGAGCAUCAAUCUAAGUAACUAUUAUAAAUGGUCUUGUGAGGGAAAGAAUACCUACCCCUAGAUGAAUCAUGGCAAUCAUGAAAAUAUGGUGAUCUUAAGGAGCACUGUGUCCGGUCUGUGAUAUUCUUACAGGGCAUAGAAUCUAAGAAUUCUGAUCUAACAAUAUCUUAUUUUCUUCUGUUUUGGUUUCCCAGUGCUAAAAUCUCUUCAUUCUAUUAUUACUGAACUUUUCAAGCCUUGGCUGCUGGUUCUAGAUAAAGAUGAGAACAGGUAUGUUUAGUUUCUGCUUAUUUAUUUAUGUAUUGCUAUUCCUGAUAGCAUGUCCUAGAAUAUUACAAAUAACUGUUGGGUAAUACUUUAACUGGUGGUGUUUUAAUGCAGUGACAUAUUUAAUCCAGAAGAAGGUGGUUUUCAUUACAUUAAACCAUUGCUAUAUGUAAAUGUGAUGGAAGUCCAUCAUAAUGACAUUGGAAAUCUUCUUGCAGGGCGGUAAAGCUGCUUUUAUAGAAUUUUGUUAUUUUGGUUUGUUGUUGUUAUUGUAAUAUUGAAUGCAGUACAAGUUCUUUAUCCGCUUGAUAUAAAUAAGAUUGCAAAAAUCGGUGACAUUAGGUGUGGAGUCAUUUUUAUAAAGAAAGAGAUGUUGGAGUGUAAUGAAAGCAAUAUUUAACUCUGUUCUAAAACAAUCGACUGUAUUGUGUUACCUGUUUAAAGUGAAUUCACUCCAGUGGAGGUAUUUUGAGUUUGUACUGUGCCUUACAGGUGAGACUUUUGAUAUGGAGUAAGUGUGUGCUAAAUGGGUUUAGCUCAGAAAAAAAACAAACAAAAAAACAUUGAAAAAGGCAAUCUCUAUUAUGAUGCAAAAUCCUCUCUCUAUUUAUUUAUUGAUUUAUUUUAACUAGAAAUAUAAAAUGAGGUCACUAAAACAGGAGGGAGUGAAACUUGCCAGAAUUGCAUCUCUCUCUCUCUCCUUUGUCUUUGAUCACCAAAUUGGACCAUGCCCACCUAUUCCCUAACUCAAUGAUCAGUUUAUUGUGGGCACUAGUACAUAACAAAUCUGACAUUGCUAGCCAUGUCCUCACAGGUUUUGCUCAGCCAGCCUAAAGAGCAUUAUGGGAAAUAUAAUUCACAUGUGUGUGCUUCAACGCCGCCACUCCAUUAAUACUUUUUAUGCUGAUGAAAGUUUCAUAAAAUAUGCAUCAUGCUUUAAUUAUGGAACUUGUAGCGGAGAUGCAAUAUUCCCCAGGUAUCUCCGCUUAUAAUCCAAGUGAGGUUUAGGAACAAGUAAAUUGUAAAUCCACAGGCACGGUCUCCAGCAGGCAAAAUAAUACAGCAAUAUACCACAGCAAUCCCAAUAACUGGACGACACACAGUUUCAGGAGCAGAACUGCAAGCUUUAAUCCACACUGUCCUUUUAAAGCAUGCUCCCAUGCAAGGGAGGGAUUACAUUCAUUAAUACAGUAGCCAAUCCUGUCCUGGUAACCUCCCACACAUCUCCUCCCCUCAGCCAGCAUCAUAAUCCCCUUAUCCAGUACAGUAAUUCCCCCCAUUUCUGGAUGUACCCCUAAACGUAGGGGUACCCCUUUAAAUCCUACACCCCCCGAUAGCCCUGAUCUGGGUGAACAACAUAUCCAAAAAUCACCCAGAUCAGACCAGGGGUUCGGGAAAUUUAUGGAGGGAAUAAAAUGACCGACCGCACUGAGUGAAACAGCCGAAUGCGGUUCCAGGUGAAUGGGCCCUGCGGUCGGUCCUGGAGUAAGGGAACAAACUGCACGAAAGCCUCUAGCUAUAGAGGCUAGGGAGGGUUCGCCUGAAUCCCCUCGUUCGGUUCUUCUGAAUCCCCGCUGUUCAGGAGUUUUAAAAUGGCCGCCACGUGUUCGUUUGUCGAAUGGCGGCCACCCCUGAGAACAAAGGACGGCUACUUAAGUUGUCAAUUACCCGUUCGCAACAAUGUUGCAAUGGGUAAUUGAGGACACACUUCACACAGGGGAGGUCUGACUGUUCGGUAGUUUCAUUCGAACAAACUAAGGGAAUGAAACUACCUUACAUUCAGACGAAUCCAAUACAUUUUACACAUAUAACUUAGCUAUUUUACACGAAUACAUUCCCUUACUGCAAAGACAUUUAGCAAAUAGACGAAUACAGUUUAAACAUAAUGUAAGUCCCAGGGCAGCUCGGGGCCAUCCGCUACAGAACUUUUCUCCAAUCCUUCACCAACUACCUGACUGAAGUGUGUUUAUUUUAUUUAUUGUUUAAUCUUUUUAAAAAGAGAUUGGGUUUUAUAGAAUCAUCAUCUAUAACUUCUUACAGUGCCUCUGAGCUGUAUGGUCAUAAAAUUCAAAGAUACACAACAUGUCACGACAUUUAAACCACUAAUAGGUAAAGUGAAUAACAUUGAUUAUAUUGUUACAAUGGCACCUUUCAAUGGGUGGGAUAUAUUAGGCAGCAAGUGAACAGUCAGUUCUUGAAUUUCAUAUGUUGGAAAAAUGGACAAGUUUCAAGGGCCAAAUAGUGAUGACUGGGUCAGAACAUCUCCAGAAUGCAAAGUCUUGUGGGUUAUUCCCAGUGUGCAGUGGUUAGUACCUACCAAAAAGUGGUGCAGGGAAAAGACUACUGGUGUACCAGCUUCCCCGUCAUGGGUGCCUCAGACUCAUUGAUGCCCAUGGGCAAUGAAGGCUAGCCCAUCUGGUAACAUCACAUUAAGAGCUAUUGAAGCUCAAAUAAUAACUUAAACGUUUAAAGCAGUUUCAUAUUUAUCAGUGUCCCUUAAAAUGCAUUUUGUGGUUUAUCUCACUUGCCCCCUAUUUAGCAAUCAACGCUGCUAUCCAUGGCUAGAAAAUGACACACCUCUUGCCACUGGAAUGGUUCGAUUAUUUGCUGACUGCAUUCUUACACUACAUCAGAAAUGUCAGGGUGAGUAAGAGGAAUUUGUGCUUAGAGAAUUAAGUUGUUGUUGUAUUGUUUUUGGAAAGUAUGUUUAAUAAUUAGCAUCUUCUGAUGUUCUUAACCCCUUAGCAUCCAUGCCAUCGUUAAAAUAUAUUGGUAUUUAAAGCCUCUCAGGAUGGCAUACUGCUGUUUUUGUGUGAGAAAGGUUACAUCCCUGUUGGCAGUGGGGAGAUCCAGGUAUCAGUCCGUAGCUGGGGUCAUACUUACUGACCCCAGACUGAUCAGUGAGUUGAGUGCAAUGCUCAAAGUGAGUGCAGUACUUUAAAUCAUAAUGACUGAAUGACUGUGCCCAGCCACAGUGUUUCUCUGAGAGAGGGUGACCUUAGGGAGAUAAUAGACCGGAUUAUGUCUCCUUACAUGCCGUCUUGCAGAUAGUGGUUUCUGCGGGUCUGUACAUGCUGCCCAGUGAUGACCACUGUGUGAUGGGCAAGGAUAGCAUGAAACAACAUCAUCUUAGAGAAGUCUCCUUUUCAUGCUGCACUGUACAGAACUCGUAUAGAGCACUGUGUGCUGUGUAAGUAGAAAAAACUAAGCAACUCACUGGAUCCCUCGGUAUUCAGGUUAGAGUUAGAAUUAUGGUUGGGAUAGGGUUGACAUACUAUUUUAAGGCUGAUUUAGGGUUGGGUUUAUGGGGUUAGGUCUAGCUGAGAUUAUAAACUGGAUCAAAGUGUAAAGUUCAUUAUUGUAGUGGUUGUAUUUCUGGCAAGUAACAAAUAGGCAUGUCAAAAUUAGGGCAUAUCUAUUAUUUUACCUUACAAGUUUCAAAAACACCUGGCAAGGGUGUAUAUGUUUAGGAUAUUACUGUACUUGAGGUAAAGCAAUAUCCUACUCAUAUAUACCUUUAAUAAUCCAAAUAUAGCAUCUCUGGAUUAUUAGGAGAAACGUGGUCUGUGAAAUUCCCCAUGAAAAUUAAAUUUACAUGUAAAACAAAAAAAUAAAUAUAACUAGGAUUUUGCAGAGGUUGGUAAUACAAUGGUCAAAAUGCACUAUAUGUUAAAUAUCUUAGGGAGUCUGUUUUCUACAAAUAUACACAUUUGUGGUUUUGUAUUCUGUGACUGCGGAUAAAGUUGUAGUCUCACCAUACCAAAUGUUAUCAAAGAUUUGGUGUUAAACUCAUAAUUCACACCUUACUUUAUUUGUCCUAUAUCUGCCCAAAAAUUAUUGAAAUAAGUUGUUUACGAUCAGGACUGAUAAGUGAAUCUAUUUUAAGUUAAAAGACCGAACACAACAAUAUCAAUAUCAGACAUUCAUUAUUAGGAACAUGUUAAAUGGAAAAAAAAAAAACCUUCAUACAAGUAUAUCUAUAUGCCACCUGAAGCCUUACGCUAGUUAUCCUUUUUGGCAUAGAUCACUUACUGCCGGGCGAGCGUGGUGCUCUGUGGUUGCAUCUCAUGCACUACUGUGAGUCCUGCACAGCGCCUAAACUCCCUGAGUUUAUUCUGUACGCAUACCACACAGAGUACAUCAAACUCCCCUGGAAAGAUAUGCAUCCUGACCAAACGCUGAUGGAGGAGUUCUUCAAGGUAAACUCUCAUUUAGACAUUUGUCAAACCACUUUAAUUUGGAAACCUUUCUUUUUCUUCAUUCACCUCUUUUCCCACCAGUUCUGCAGAGGUUAAUUAAGCCACACAACAUGCAUGAACCCAUGUAAUUACAAAUGUGUUUAUUUUGCAAUGCCUUCUCCAUUCAUCUCCGUGGGUGAAAUUUGAUUAUGCGCUGCCCAGCGCAAAGAAUGCCACAUGUUCAUUACAUACUUUUUAACCUCCUUUCUUAAGGAAUAAUUGGAACAUUUCAUAAGUGUAGACUUAAGAUAAUGUGCAGUAAAUCUUAAGAUUUUCCCAACUGAGAUUAGUGAGUCUGUGUAUAAACCAGUAACAAAAGGAGAAGAAAUACAUUCUUAUUUCUCCUGUUUAAUUAUUUUAAUAUUUUUGCAAUCCAAAUUAUUUUUGGAACAUUUUCCAAGUUGCUUGUCCUUACCUUAAUAGCAACACAACCGUUCUGUAUGCAGUAAUACACUGACUUUAUACCUUUUGCUUUGUGUCCCCCAGGUAGAAAGGGGGAGCCCCAAAAGCUGUUUUCUGUUCCUGGGAGCUGUUCUGUGUGAAGUAAACUGGGUGAGCGUACUCUCAGAUGCCUGGGGUCCAAUGCCUCAUCCAGAAACACACCGUAUGUUGGUCUGUCUCUUGUUUAUGAUGGUCUUUCUCACUAAGGAGGAAAAGCUUAUUAAUGAAGCGGUGAGUGGGAUUUAAAACUUAUUUAAAGUAAUUUGUUAGGAUGAAUUGAACAUCACUUUUGCAUCAUCAUGGAAACUUUUUGCCCAUCCUUAUUUAUCCUCUUUAGCCAAUGUGACUAUUACCUUAAUAGAAACGUGAAUUUACUAGUUAGUGUCUUCGGUAGACAAUGAUGGGCAAAAAGUCCAGAGAAUGUAUGAUUAAAGCCAGCAUACAGUAUGAUCGGACAGUGGAAUGUAUUAAAUAUAAUAAUUGCCUUUGGUGUUUUUUCUUAUUGCGAGUUAAAAAGAAAUCCGUUAUCCCUUAUUGUUGGUCACAUUAUAUCAUUUUACUACCUGUAUCCCUUUGGCCUCCUCAGAGAAUCAUUUUGGGUUUUUUUGCCAGCGUUUCGCUAGAUAGAAUAUGAGAAAGCUUUACUUUACAGCAUAAUUAUGCAUAUUAACAGCAUGUUAUGAUAUGGUGUGGAUUACAUGGCAAAUAAGUAGUUUGCUAAAUAAUUCGGAAAUGUGUGGUACAAUCUUUCCUUCACGGCCAAACUCUAAGACUGUUAAAAUGUAUCUUAAUGUUACACAUACUUUACUUACACUUUAUUAAAGUUAUGUAGGUGCAUGUCAUAACCCUUUACAUUCCAGUGUAACACUUUACAGUCCAGUGUAACUGGUCCAUUGUUACCCUUUCCUUGGUGAGCAGACAUUCCUACAGAGAACUCUAACCAGUGUUUUGUUUUAGAAUUGUAAAUUGCGAGUAACAGUAAGGUUCUGACGAUUUUAUUACGGUCUGUAUUUUUAUAUUUAUGUGUUGUUUGAAUUUUAGGGGGCUCCGCUAAUUAAUCUCUUAGGGGAGGCCGGCACCAUGUCCUGGCACCUUGUGGAUGCAGUGUCAUACCAGAACGUAAUAGGAUAUUUUAGCAGUCAUUAUCCUCCCUCCAUAAUCCUGAGUAAUCACCUGGCAGAUGAGCUGCUUCUGAAGCUGUUAAAGGUCUCAGCAGGGCUUACCUGCUUUCCAGAAAAUAAUGUGUAUUCCGUGAGUACAGUAACUUUUUAUCUGUAAUGUGUAAUACUUUUACUGUUGAUAGUAAUGUUUCUUUUUAUCUGUUAUGAGAUUUUGGUUGGAGACCUGAUAACAUUCAGUCCAAAAAUUAUGCACGAAUACAGAAAAAAAUAAAAACAUGAAUCAUAGUUGAUCUUUUUAUAUCAUAAUCUGUGCACCUUUAUUUAUUUUCUACGGAGUUUGAGGUGUUCUUGCUUUACUUUAUUCCCUUCGGUUAUUGUUUUUAGUUUUAUUUUCUAUUUAUCAUUAUGUAAUGUGUGAUUCACAAUUGCUCAAGAGUUAUUCUCGUCUUGCAGAUAAUUCUUUUUGUGCAUGUUACCUUUUGUUGCAGGACGUCACCCCCAAAUGCCGAAUCUACAUUCAGCAAAUGGUUCAGUUUCUUGGCUCUUUGGAGCAGAAUGCAAAAAUAAGCCUUGGAGAGAUGGAGCAAGAGAUGUCCAAACUUCUGGAUGACAUUGUCUUAUUCAGUCCCCCAGGUAAGUUAUUUAUUAUUAAAUAUUUAACCAGGAAAGAUACAUUGAGAUUUCUCUUGUUUUCAAGUAUGUCCUGGACAUACCUGAAAGUUAAAAGUAGUACUUCGUUAACAAUUUACCAGGAUUUAUUAGAUCAUACAUUGGGUGUUUUGACAAGUGUGAUUAUUUAACAUGUUUUCAUUGUAUUUGAUUUAUUUAUGAUUGGCCUUGAAAACAUGUUGAAUACAUACUUUUCACCCAAAUGUUUUCAUCAGCAUGUUGACUAACCCUAAUAUAACAGAGUAAGUGAUACUUGUGUAAAAACAUGUGAGCUCAUAGCCAUUCAAAGCACAGUGUGAAUACUAACACUUUUCCCUUCAGAUUAGAGGCAGUGCUUUACAACAGGGAUUUCUAAUCUGGAAGGAAAAAACAGGCAGGCAAGCCCCAAAAUUGUCAAAUACCUCCCCCAAUUACACCUUUUCACACUUUGCGUAAGACGUCCGUUGCAGGUACAGGUGUGUAAUGCCGUGCAAUUCCUGGCUAAAUUUAGACAAAGUUAUUGCUACUUAUCAUAAAAGUGUUCCAAAUUCAAUACAUUUUGCAUUCCUAUUCUUUAGUUAAUGAUCAUGACAGCAUUGCUUAAUUCACUUACAUGUUGACAUAGCAGCCUGCCCUUACAUGCUAACAUAGCGGCCUGCCCUUACAUGCUAACAUAGCGGCCCCUUACAUGCUAACAUAGCGGCCUGCCCUUACAUGCUAACAUAGCGGCCUGCCCUUACAUGCUAACAUAGCGGCCUGCCCUUACAUGCUAACAUAGCGGCCUGCCCUUACAUGCUAACAUAGCGGCCUGCCCUUACAUGCUAACAUAGCGGCCUGCCCUUACAUGCUAACAUAGCGGCCUGCCCUUACAUGCUAACAUAGCGGCCUGCCCUUACAUGCUAACAUAGCGGCCUGCCCUUACAUGCUAACAUAGCGGCCUGCCCUUACAUGCUAACAUAGCGGCCUGCCCUUACAUGCUAACAUAGCAGCCUGCCCUUACAUGCUAACAUAGCGGCCUGCCCUUACAUGCUAACAUAGCGGCCUGCCCUUACAUGCUAACAUAGCGGCCUGCCCUUACAUGCUAACAUAGCGGCCUGCCCUUACAUGCUAACAUAGCGGCCUGCCCUUACAUGCUAACAUAGCGGCCUGCCCUUACAUGCUAACAUAGCGGCCUGCCCUUACAUGCUAACAUAGCGGCCUGCCCUUACAUGCUAACAUAGCGGCCUGCCCUUACAUGCUAACAUAGCGGCCUGCCCUUACAUGCUAACAUAGCGGCCUGCCCUUACAUGCUAACAUAGCGGCCUGCCCUUACAUGCUAACAUAGCGGCCUGCCCUUACAUGCUAACAUAGCGGCCUGCCCUUACAUGCUAACAUAGCGGCCUGCCCUUACAUAUGAAGAAGCAUCUUUGCGUCACUUUCAACUGGAAGAGCUCUUGAACACCCUGUAAAUUGACCUGAUAUUUAGUAACAGCUACCAUGAAAUGUGAAAACUACUCUAUUACUUGCAUUAACAAAAAUUAAAUACAACACCACAAAUGCUCUCUCUCACAUUUUGGUAUCAUCUCUCUGGCAAUUUUUCACCAUUAUUUUUCGCAAUACUAUUAGUGUUUACCUGUGGCACAGCCCUUCUCUUUUCUUUUGUUCAUCUUGUUCUCUCCAAAGCGUUUUGAGGGAUUCCCUUUGCUGGGGCCGCUGCCUACCUCAUAUUCCUGUGUUAAUUAGUGCUUACCUUCUGUUUGGUAUUUUGCAUAUUUUUCACCAUUCCUAUUGUAAUCAGUAUAUUGUGAUUCUUCACUUGUUAAAGCAGAUUCUCUUUUGUCAUAUGAAAUCUUGGAUUGAAGGAUUUUAUGUUUUAAUUCUAGUGCACUUUUUUAUGUAAAAAUUGUGACUAUUUCUAGCUGGCGAAUCACUCAAGGUUUUUUUUUUCCCCCUGCAGAUCUUGAGGUCCAGAAACGCCAUAUGGCUCUGAGUAGCCUCUUUAUGGAGCUCCUAAUGGUGAUGAAUAAUGCCAGUGUGACCACAGCUGAAUCACUGCGGGGAGCCUUGCUGAAGUGGAUUGAUAGUAAAGUGCAAGGCCUGCUUGUGAUGCCUCUUUUAACAGCUGCGUGCCAGAGUCUGGCAUCGAUCAAACACAUGGCAGAGGCUACUGAAGCCUGCAUCCUGGCUUACUUCAAAGAUGGUAAAACAUCCGACUGGUCAUAGAAAGAAGGAUAAAUGGGCCAGAAAUGACUUUGAGCUCUAUUUCUGUAUCACUAUCCUUAAUACUUAUUAAAGUUAGGAGUUACAAAGAGAACAUCGGGUUCAUUUAUUAGAGAAAAAAAUACAUUUAAAGAACUUGUGUAUGUAUAUAGAAAACACUAUAGAUUUGUCAAGAGGUUUGUAUUUUAUAAUAGACAUAGAAUUCUACUAGUGUUCUGAUUAUUCCGUUUUUGAUUCAUCUGUCCCUCCAUUAACCUUUUUUUUUUUUUCCAGCUCUCUAUAAAAUACAUUGUUUCUUGUCACUAUGUUAAAGACCCUUGUAAUAAAGUAUUAUUGAGGCUGUAAACAAAUACUUGUAAAAAGAUUGGUUACAGUUAAUGUAGUCAAGAUUACAGCGUAGGGUAACUGAAUAUACAUUAUAGCUACACCCAUUGAUCUAUUAAUGGUAAUGAUGAGAUUAAUCUCGCAUUAAGCAUCUUACAGCAAUUUAAGAUAAUUGUAUUUAUGUUGUUUAGUAAUGGUGCCUCUUUUCAUUAUUUAUUCUCUUAAAGAAUCUCUUCACAUUCAGAAUCCAGGCUGGGGCCCAAUCCUGGCCUCUCUGCAAGUCCCCGAGCUUACUACCGAGGAAUUCCUACAGGAAUGUCUGUCCCUUGGAAGCUAUCUGACCCUUCAUGUGUAUGUCCUGCAGUGUUUAAACCGGGAACAGACCCUCCCCAACGAGCUGAGAGUUUUGGUGAAAAUCUCAAAAUGGCUGGAACAAGUGCAACCAAGGUAGAGUUUAAAAGCUUUCCACCAUCCUGCUGUGUACUGUCCUAUGUGUUCUGUACUUCACUUUCCAGCAGUGUGAGAAACACAGCACCAGUAGCUUAGCUUUCAUAAAGUGUCUUUACUUAGCAUGUUACAGGUAGCUGUCUGGAAAUUAUAAGGAUGUGAAAACAGGAAAUCUCAAGAGUUUUAGUUUUCUGUGCAUGACUUUUUUUUCACAAUUAGAACAUGUGCAUGAUGGUAAAUCAUGGGAGGUUACCAAUAAAAUGGCACUAAUGCUUUCUUGUAGGAGCAUGAUUUCACUAACUGCAUAUUAGGGUGACAAUAUUCUGGCCUAUCUCCAAGUAAUAAGUGGACAAGUCACGUUCUAGAUUGAAUGAAUGUAUGAUUAAGUAGGAGUUGAGAGUAGUUGAGUUUAGAUUUUUAAUUUUAAAGUUUUACAACCAAACUAGGGAGGGCAGCCAGUGGACUGCUGUCACCAAUUUAAACAGUAUGGAAAGAGUUGAUAAGCAUUUACGUAAAUGUUUUGUUUUCCUACAGUCAUCUAGCUCCAAACCUCUGGAAGUCUUGCAUGAAAAGUAAUUUUGGAGCAAAUUUAAAAAAAUAAAUAAAAAUGAAACCUUCCAUGUUUGUACCACAUAUCGCAGUUUAUCUCACAGCACAUCUUUUUUCCCUGUGACAUCUUCUCCACUAUGUCUGUUUUACGAUAUCAGCCUGAGACACAAUUGUCUUGUUUACUUUUCUCAAUAGCUCGGUGAAUGAAGAACCCAAGCUGUUCCUUUGGUUUCACAAAGCUUUACAGCUCUCUCUGAUCCAAGUGGAACAAAAGGAUAGUAUCGUCACAGAGAACAUCCUUCGAAUACUGCUUUCGGUUCAGAGUAGACUGACUCUUCUAGGUGAAGAAAGAAUGACGUCUGGAAUUCUUGGCGUUAUUGGGUUGGGAAGAAAGUCUCCUUUAUCAGCAAGGUAAGAUUACAAAUAGUCAAUGUACCAUUGGGAAGUCAUUACAUAGCUUAAUACAAUAGUGUAUGCGUAUAGCCCAGUUUAAUGAAAUGUGGUUUAAGUUUGACAAUUGUUAGGCGUAGAAAAAGUAUCAAAACAUUUUAAUUUUUUUUUUUUUUCAUUUUUAUAAUUUUUCUGGAGUAAACAUUUCUCUCAGAUUGGUUGCAGGGGGGGAAACUUUCUGUACCACUGGCAUAAUGUGAAUUAAAGGGUCACUCCAUACUUCUUACUAAAGUGCUUUAUGUGUGAAGUGUGUCUUUUUUUUUUUUCUUCAUUUAAAAAAAAGUGCAUAUUGUAAAUUGGCAUUGUUGCACCAGCUGGCUGUUAAAGGGACACUAAAAGCACCCGUCUGGGUACAGUGUCCUUGUUCCCCUUAGUCCUUCAAUGUAAAACACUGCAGUUUUACAGAAACUGCAAUGUUUACAUCACAGUACUAAGACUCCUUGAAAUUAUGCUGGAUGUCCUUACACUCUCCAUGACGAUGUCCAGCAUCAAAGUAAAGCCCAUAUGAAAGAAGGCCUCUCCACGCAUGAACAUUAGGUAACACCUAUGAUGUUGGAGGAGGCGGAUUGUAACUCAGCCCCUAGGGACUGUAAUCAGGUAAGUGAAUACAGCGUUAUUUAACCCUUUACUUCCCUGGGGAGGGAGACUAUGGGGGGAUGAAUAACACAUUAGUGUUAGGAAUAAAUGCUUCAAUCAGACAAUCAGUCCUGUUACUUCCUGGUUGUUUUGCUCAGUGGUGCUAAGUUUAAAGAGGCAGCCAUUGCCCAGAGCACCUUCCUUGCAAAUACUUCUAAAUUGGCUGCAUUGGGAAAUCUGUAAUUGGACAGCCACAGAAAAUCUGGGAUAAGUUAGCCUUUACAAAGGCUUCAAACAAGAGAUCUGCAACUUUUGCAAGCUGUUUUUAGAUAGUCCCAAAUACAUGAAUGUUUUCGUUGGGAUUAAAGCUUCUGAACAGUGAUUUUUAUUUAAAUCUGUUUAUUUUUGGGGGUCAAUACUGUGGAGUGUUCCUUUAAACAUUGACCCAUUCAGAAUUAACUAUACCAGAAUAGAAGAAAGCUGUAGUGAGGUUGGCGAAGGCCUGUAAAAUAAAGUACUCUUAAAGUCACACUAAUAUACUAUUGUUUAAUAGAUAGAUAGAUAUAAAAGAUGAUGUGGCUUCUUGUUUUCCUUGUUAUAGAUUUCGGAUCAUCGCUCGUAGUCUGGCUGCAUUCAUUUUGGCACAGAUCCCUGCAGAAAAUCAAGUCCGCCUUAAGGCAGGGUCUGGAUUGCACUUGUCACAAAAGGCUCAACAGGUAUAAAUAUUACAUAAUGUGAACCCAAAUUGAUCUCAAGUAGAAACAUAGAAACAUAGAAACAUAGAAUGUGACGGCAGAUAAGAACCAUUCGGCCCAUCUAGUCUGCCCAAUUUUCUAAAUACUUUCAUUAGUCCCUAGUCUUAUCUUAUAGUUAGGAUAGCCUUAUGCCUAUCCCACGCAUGCUUAAACUCCUUUACUGUGUUAACCUCUACCACUUCAGCUGGAAGGCUAUUCCAUGCAUCCACUACCCUCUCAGUAAAGUAAUACUUCCUGAUAUUAUUUUUUAAACCUUUGUCCCUCUAAUUUAAGACUAUGUCCUCUUGUUGUGGUAGUUUUUCUUCUUUUUAAAUAUAGUCUCCUCCUUUACUGUGUUGAUUCCCUUUAUAUAUUUAAAUGUUUCUAUCAUAUCCCCCCUGUCUCGUCUUUCCUCCAAGCUAUACAUGUUAAAUCCUUUAACCUUUCCUGGUAAGUUUUAUCCCGCAAUCCAUGAACCAGUUUAGUAGCCCUUCUCUGAACCCUCUCUAAGGUAUCAAUAUCCUUCUGAAGAUACGGUCUCCAGUACUGUGUACAAUACUCCAAGUGAGGUCUCACCAGUGUUCUGUACAAUGGCAUGAGCACUUCCCUCUUUCUACUGCUAAUACCUCUCCCUAUACAACCAAGCAUUCUGCUAGCAUUUCCUGCUGCUCUAUUACAUUGUCUGCCUACCUUUAAGUCAUCAGAAAUAAUCACCCUAAAUCCCUUUCCUCAUAUGUUGAGGUUAGGACUCUAUCAAAUAUUCUGUACUCUGCCCUUGGGUUUUUACGUCCAAGAUGCAUUAUCUUGCACUUAUCCACAUUAAAUGUCAGUUGCCACAAUUCUGACCAUUUUUCUAGUUUACCUAAAUCAUUUGCCAUUUGGCUUAUCCCUCCUGGAACAUCAACCCUGUUACAUAUCUUAGUAUCAUCAGCAAAAAGACAUACCUUACCAUCAAGACCUUCUGCAAUAUCACUAAUAAAAAUAUUAAAGAGAAUGGGUCCAAGUACAGAUCCUGAGGUACCCCACUGGUGACAAGUCCAAGCUUUGAAUAUAUUCCAUUAACUACAACCCUCUGUUGCCUGUCACUCAGCCACUGCCUUACCCAUUCAACAAUAUUGGAAUCCAAACUUAAAGAUUGCAGUUUAUUGAUAAGCCUUCUAUGUGCAACAGUGUCAAAAGCCUUACUGAAAUCUAGGUAAGCAAUGUCUACUGCACCACCCUGAUCUAUAAUUUUAGUUACCCAAUCAAAAAAAUCAAUAAGAUUAGUUUGGCAUGAUCUCCUGAAGUAAACCCAUGUUGUCUCUGAUCUUGAAAUCCAUGUGUUUUAGAUGUUCAACAAUCCUAUCCUUUAACAUGGUUUCCAUUACUUUCCCCACUACUGAAGUAAGGCUUACUGGCCUAUAGUUGCCCGACUCCUCCCUAUUACCUUUCUUGUAAAUGGGCACAACAUUCGCUAACUUCCAAUCUUCUGGGACUACUCCUGUUAACAAUGAUUGGUUAAAUAAAUCUGUUAAUGGUUUUGCUAGUACACCACUAAGCUCUUUUAAUAGCUUUGGGUGUAUUCCAUCAGGUCCCAUUGACUUAUUUGUCUUUACUUUUGACAGUUGAAAUAGAACCUCUUCCUCUGUAAACUCACGUGUAAUAAAUGACUCAUUUAUCCUUUUUCUCAACUGAGGUCCCUUUCCUUCAUUUUCUUCUGUAAAUACAGAACAAAAAUAUUCAUUGAGGCAGUCAGCUAGACCUUUAUCCUCUUCUACAUACCUUCCUUCUUUUGUUUUUAAUCUAACUAAUCCUUGUUUUACUUUUCUUUUCUCAUUUAUGUAUCUAAAAAAUGUUUUGUCCCCCUUUUUUACUGACUGUGCUAUUUUCUCUUCUGUGUGUGAUUUGGAAGCUCUUAUAACUUGCUUAGCCUCUUUCUGCCUAAUCUUAUAGAUCAUUUUGUCUUCCUCACUCUGGGUUUUUUUAUAAUUCCUAAAUGCUAACUUUUUGUUUUUAACUAUUUUGGCCACAUCUGCGGAGUACCACAGUGGUUUCUUGAAUUUUUUGCUUUUACUGACAAGCCUAAUGCAAUUUUCUGUUUCCUUCAAUAGUGCAACUUUUAAAUAAUCCCAUUUUUCUUGGACUCCAUUUAAAUUGCUCCAGUCUGAUAAUGACUCCUCUACCCAUAUUCUAAUUUUUAGAAAAGUCUGUUUUUCUAAAGUCUAAAACUUUUGUUUUUGUGUGGUGUGACUCAGUCACUGUUCUUAUAUUAAACCACACUGACUGAUGAUCACUGGAUCCUAAACUUUUACCUACAGUAACAUCUGAUACCAAAUCUCCCAUUUGUUAACACUAAAUCUAGUAUGGCCUCUUUACAAGGUUGAAAUGCUCAACAACUUGUUUUGAGACAAUCCCAGUAGGGGGUUUAGAAUAUGUGUGCUCACAAACAAGUAGCUAAUUUUGUUUUCCAAUUUACAUCAGGAAGAUUAAGUCUACCCAUGAUGAUAGCACCUUCAUUUGUCAUUUGGCUAUUUCCUCAACUAGUAGAUUAUCUAACUCUUCAAUUUGUCCUGGGGGCCUAUAAAUCACACCUACACGAGUUACUGUGUGAUUACCAAAUUCUAAUGUAGCACAAGCGGACUCUAUGUUAGCCUCACUAACUUUUAUUAGGCUAGAUUUUAUGCUAUCCUUCACAUACAAGGCCACCCCUCCCCCUUUCUUGCCUUCCUUAUCUUUCCUAUAUAAAGAGUACCCUGGUAUUGCUAUGUCCCAGUCAUUUUUCUCAUUGUACCAUGUCUCAGUAACAGCGACUAAAUCUACACUAUCAGUUGCCAUUAUUGCCACAAGUUCAUGGAUCUUAUUCCCUAAACUGCGAGCAUUUGUAGACAGGACUCUAAGCUUAUCAUUUUUUAACACACUUGCUACAGGCACCUUCUGUCCUUCUUUUGGGGGACAAUUGGAUUGAUGUUUUAUCACCCUUUUGCCCCCUCCUCCUAGUUUAAAUACAUCCUAGCAAAACCUCUGAACUGCUCACUGAGAACAUUUGUUCCCUUUUGAGAAAGAUGCAAACCAUCUUUUUGUACAGCUUAUCUCCAUUCCAAACAGAGCUACCAUGAGAAAUAAAGCCAAAUCCUUGCUCCCGACACCAUUCACCAAGCCACAAAUUAAAGUCCCUAAUACGCAUCCGCCUGUCGUUCUGAGUGUUAUGCACAGGCAGAACUUCAGAGAAUGACAGUGUGGAAGCAACCUGCCGUAUAUCAUUGGCAAAAACACUAAAACUUCCUUAACCUCUGAAACCUCAUUGCAAGCCAAGUCAUUUGUCCCUAGAUGGACAAGUACAUCCAAUUCCCCUUCCUGCUUUGCUUGCUUAACAAUAUUACAGAUACGUCUCCUGUCUCUGUGAGCAGUAGCUCCGGGAAGACACCUCACAAGGCUACCAUUGUCCAUCUCCACACCUCUUAUAAUGGAAUCCCCCAACAACAACUGCUUUCUAUUAGGCCUCACCAUAGUCUCCAAGCCGGUCUCCACAACACCACUAGCCUCAGUGCCUCUCCCCACAACACCAGUAGCCUCAGUGCCUCUCUCCACAACACCACUAGCCUCAGUGCCUCUCUCCACAACACCACUAGCCUCAGUGCCUCUCUCCACAACACCACUAGCCUCAGUGCCUCUCUCCACAACACCACUAGCCUCAGUGCCUCUCGCCACAACACCACUAGCCUCAGUGCCUCUCGCCACAACACCACUAGCCUCAGUGCCUCUCGCCACAACACCACUAGCCUCAGUGCCUCUCGCCACAACACCACUAGCCUCAGUGCCUCUCGCCACAACACCGCUAGCCUCAGUGCCUCUCGCCACAACACAGCUAGCCUCAGUGCCUCUCGCCACAACACAGCUAGCCUCAGUGCCUCUCGCCACAACACAGCUAGCCUCAGUGCCUCUCGCCACAACACAGCUAGCCUCAGUGCCUCUCGCCACAACACAGCUAGCCUCAGUGCCUCUCGCCACAACACAGCUUGCCUCAGUGCCUCUCGCCACAACACAGCUAGCCUCAGUGCCUCUCGCCACAACACCGCUAGCCUCAGUGCCUCUCGCCACAACACAGCUAGUCUCAGUGCCUCUCGCCACAACACCACUAGCCUCAGUGCCUCUCUCCACAACACCAUUACACUCUGAAAGUGCAGAAAAUGAAUUAUGAAGAGCAACAGACUGUGCAAAAUGCCUUUUAUCCACAACUCUAAGUCUACCAGAUCCUACAGUAAUCCAUCUGCCUUUCCUAGCAUGUCUCUGCGGCAGUGGCUUUGCAGCAGUUCCAGCCUGAGAUUCUUCACCAGAUAAUUUACAAAUCUCAGACUUCAAAAAUACAAUCUCCUGCCGCAAGAUAGAGAACUGUCUACAGAUUAGACAACAACCAAACCUCCAAAAAGUGGAACGUGAAACAAAUGCAUAGCAACUAUUACACUGAACUAAGUCUGCCAUUCCAAUUAUGAGAAUAAUUUAAAUCUUAACAAAUCUUAACUUUUUUCUUUAUCCUCCUGAAUACCUCAGAUUACCUCCAGUUUCUCUCCAGAAUAUCUCCAACUAGACACUUAGAAACAGCACUUGGAAGUAGCACCAAGCUAUAUUAGAAAAGCUAAUGAGACCAAGCCUUAUAUAACUCCUUAAAUCACCGCCCACUAGGAAUGUUUAACACCUGGGUAGGCCUCUGCUUAUUUGCAAACAAUAGCUAAUUAACCAGCAAUCAACAGCAAGUAACUAGCUUAAUCAAAUCAAAUAUUAUGUGCUGCUGUUUAAGCUGUUUGUUGAGUAUUUAAUAAAGAUAUAGCUAUUGUUAUCAUGUCAAUUGUUAUCAAUUUCAACCUUUUAAGUCUCCCAUCAAGCGUAAUUUUAAUUUUCAUACACGCAAUAUAUUUUAUUUAUUUAUUCUAAAGAGAACAUUACUUUGAUGCUAUUCAUGCGGACACUUCCCUAUUGAUUGCUAACACUUAUCCUACCUUUACUAGUUGUUUAUGUAUGCUGUAUUGCUGUAUAACUUACAAAUUGAUUCAAUAAUACAGUGUUUACUUGUAUGUACAGAACAAAAAAUAAACCUUUUAGCAGGAAUUACUUGAUUGUAAAUACAAAUAUAGAUCUAUUCAGAGACUUGUGGAACAUUUGAAGUUUUUAUCGAAGGCUGUGCCAACUCUGUAGAGCCUUGUGUAUUGUAUAAUUGACCAGUACAAACCAAAUGUAUAUAAAGAUAUACUGGGAAUAGAGCAUACUACCUGUGAAUCUAAGCAUUAGAAAUACUAAACCGUAUUGAGCCCAUGAGUCAUGUGAAACAAUCCAACAACUGACCAAUAAAAUUAUUUAAAAUAAAAAAUUGUGGUCACUUUGGAACUAACUAUGCUUAAAUCUCCAAUACGCCCCAACAGAGUAUAAGCAUUCAUUGGCUGAUUUUUUUCACAUCUCUUAUUGCUAUUACAUAGAUCACACAUGCACUAGUAGUGUAGUUAGUGUAGGUUCCAUAAACUGCGGCAGUUGGUUACACAUAAAUAUAAUGAUCAUACUGUGAACAGUGGUUUAACCCUGUGAUAGACCUGGCAUCUCAAAUGUCUUUUAACCUUUUUUUUGUUGUUGUUUUGUUAUGCCCUGGCAUAUUAUGAUGGGUUAAAGAUGGAAUAAUUCAUUGUGGUAAUACCAUUUCCCUUCAUCUGCUUAUGUUCUGAACACACUAGGAUGUUUGUGUAGAGUCAGGGAAAUUAGCAGGGGAAUUCUAUUGGUAUUCUAGGUCAGGGGUUCCCAAUUAAUUUUUCACGUGGAACCCUUUGACAUAGUGUACCAACAUUGUAACGGAUCGCCUGGCACCCCGACUGGGUACCUCCGUUAAAGGAUGCUCCUAGCGCUUCCUGAGGACUCCAAGCACUGCAGCAGACACCACAACCACCGAACCGGAGAAGCAUAUGAAUCCUCUCAAGCAUAUGAAUGCUGUAGACCGUUGAAUAGGAACCAUACGAAUAGGUUUACUCUCCUAGCAGUCAAACUGGAACAGCAUACAGUAAAUCCUUCCCCCAAUAAUGAGACGACACUUCACUUUGAGGGUUAAAACAGGAACUCUCUGUACUGUCACAUACAGUCUCUUUUAUUCCCAAUCCACAAACAUAGAACAGCCCACAGGGCGUUACAAAACAACCAAUCACAUAUCAGUUACAUCCCACAUAUUCCCUCCCCUUAUCCUGAGAGGAAACUCAAUUAUACAUACAGUUAAAACAUACUUUCUACCCAACUUUCAUAACUCCAAAACCAUACAUCACAUUCACAUAAAAUUACAUAUUCACAAUCAAUCCAUUCAGGGGAACAACAUAUUCAAAAAUGGCACAAAUCAGACAAGGGGUUCAAAAGUUAGUAAAAAGUCCUUUGUGACUAAAUGAAGCAUGGCUUUCUGGCCCAAACCAGUUUCAGAGUCUUCUAUCCUGGAGAUAAGUAAUUCAAUUAUCUCCCAGGACAGACACAAGACUCCAUUAAGCACAUGGUUGCAAAAAGACACAAAACACUUUAAAAUACAUAAAGUAACCUUUUCACAUAACACACAGGCAUUUCACAUAUCCCCAGAUAGCUGGGAUCUGAGCGCACAAAACUACUGAAGAGCGUUCAGAUCCUAUUCACACAGUUCAAUUGCUAUGGAGCCGAAGUCUUUAACUACACAAAUGGGCUCCAUGGCAUAGCUAUCUGGGUUAACACAUUCUCAUAAAGUCUGGUCCAUAGUCCAAAGGCAAGAGGCGGGCAAGCAGCCCCCUCCAAAGACACGUGGCGAGGCCGGUUUCGCCACAAACAUCGUGGGACCCCCCCAAAAAUUCUGGGCCACAGUGCAAACCUUUUAAUUAGCAGAGUGUCUUUUAUAGCAAAUUUGUUUUUCUUCUAUACAUACACUAAUUUCUACAGAUAGUAAACAGAUUGUAGUGCAUAGGAGCAGGUGUGCCUUUUUGUGUAAAGUUGGUGUUUGUAUGUAAUUUUAGCUUUUAAACAUGGAUGUACAUUUGUGAGUAGCAUUGGUGUUUGAAUUCAGGUUUUUUUGCUUUGUGUGUAAUGUUUGUUUGCAUGGGGUGUGCUUGCAUGUUGUGUUAGUGUUUGAUUGCUGGGAUGUAUGCACACACAUGCACUGCUACAUACAUAUUUACACACACACACAAAUUCAUAUACAAACUGACACAUACACACGCACACACUGGCACAUACAUACACACACCUUGACACACAGAUACACAUAUACAAACACUGGCAUAUAUAUAUACACACACAUACACAAACACUCUGAUACACAGAUACACACACUGGCACAUACACACACUCAGAUACGCACUGACACAGAGAUACACAUAGGCACAGACACACACACAGAUAUAUACACACACACACAGAUAAAUACACUGACACAGAUACACACAGACACAUGCACUGAUACACAGAUACACAUGCACACAUACACACUGACACAUAUACACACACACUGUCACGUACAAACUAACACAUACUGACAUACAGAUACACGCACUCACUGGCACAUACACACUGGCACACACACGCACUGACACACAGAUGCAUACACACACACACACACACACACAAUCGGACAUACAUGUUAAAAUGUUUCUAUUUGCAACCCCCCUUCUUUUAGCUUACCUUGGUGUCCAGGAGGGUGGCUUGCUUGGAGGUCUGGUCCUGUCUGCAGAAGCAGCUCACUCCCAGCCUCUCCUGUGUCUCCAUGCGUUGUGCUACUGCCUUCAGCCUGGUGAUCACUCACUGCAUUCCUCCUGCACGUUUGUUUUUCUAAUGAGGCUGGGAGGAAGUGCUGUCACUUCCUCCCAGUCCGCCGAUGGUGCAGGUGACUGGUCAGGCUCUUAAAGAGCCGCGGCGCCCGACCAGGCCCUUGUUCAGCGGUAAUAGCCAUCUGGUGGCCCUAAGUGCAUGGGCCAUCCGAUGGUCAGCUCACGGCGGAACCCCAGGGUUCCGUGGAACACUAAUUGGGAAACGCUGUUCUAGUUGAUCGCUUCACUUUUUACACUUUGAUCCAGAAUUGCUUGUUCUAAUCAUAGACUCAUAUCUACAAGGUGAUGUGAAUUAUUUAGCAAAUAUUCAAAGAAAAGCCACAAAAAAAGAAGCAUGUUCAUACUAAAACAAAUAUAAAGAAUUUUUUUAAACACCUUUACAUGUCACCUGUGAAAAGGAAAAUGUUGUGCAGGGCCAUAGUAAAAACCUUUAACCCCUUAAAGGAACACGAUAGUCACCUAAAUUAGUUUAGCUAAAUAAAGCAGUUUUAGUGUAUAGAUCAUUCCCCUGCAAUUUCAUUGCUCAAUCCCCUGUCAUUUAGGAGUUAAAUCACUUUGUUUCUGUUUAUGCAGCCCUAGCCACACCUCCCCUGGCUAUGAUUGACAGAGCCUGCAUGAAAUAAAAAACUGGUUUCACUUUCAAACAGAUGUAAUUUACCUUAAAUAAUUGUAUCUCAAUCUCUAAAUUGAAUUUUAAUCACGUACAGGAGGCUCUUGCAGGGUCUAGCAAGCUAUUAACAUAGCAGGGGAUAAGAAAAUCUUAAUUAAACAGAACUUGCAAUAUAAAAAGCCUAAAUAGGGCUCUCUUUACAGGAAGUGUUUAUGGAAGACUGUGCAAGUCACAUGCAGGGAGGUGUGACUAGGGUUCAUAAACAAAGGGAUUUAACUCCUAAAUGGCAGAGGAUUGAGCUGCAGGGGCAUGUUCUAUACACCAAAACAGCUUAAUUAAGCUAAAGUUGUUCAGGUGACUACAGUGUCCCUUUAAGGACCAAACUUCAGGAAUAAAAGGGAAUCAUGACAUGUCACACAUGUCAUGUGUCCUUAAGGGGUUAAAACUAUUAAGGGAUUUAGAAAUGUUGUAUUGACCAUUUUGAUCAACAAUCUACUGCAACGGCGUGAUUGGACGUUUAAGGGGGAAAUAAUGGAUUGGAAAUUAAAUUUAAUUUACCGACCGAGUAGAGUUAACUGACAUGUAAUAGUAUAAUGUGCAUAUAAUAGUAUAAUGUACUGAUCUUAAUUUUAGUGGGAAAAACUCAAUAAUUGGGUACAUUUUCCAUGUUGUUUUUUUUUUUUUUCAAAAAACAUAAUCGAACGCUGAAAACUGAUUACUACAUUUUAGAAUUAUAUAUUGUAAACCAUAUAUUUGUGCCCAAACAGGCUUUGGCUGUAUUAGAGUCCAUGACCUCAAGCAAACAGUAUGCAGAGUAUCAGGAACAGAUGUCGCAGGCUGCCCAGUUUAUCCGAUACCCAGGACACUGCCUUCAAGAUGGAAACACGCUGCUAGCUCUUCUCAUCAACUCACUGUAUCCAGAAGUGCAUUAUCUUAAUAUUAUACGAUAAAACCAACAAAGCCUGGGACUUUUUUUACAGCUUCUUUUUUGUAACUGUUUACUUGGUGCAUUUCACAUUUUCUUUUUUUUUUUAAUAUAUAUAUAUCUAUCCAAAAACAAACAAACCAACCAACUAUCUAUCUCUAUGUGGAAGUGAGGAUAUGAUAACAGAACUACAUGAAACUGGUGUUUGUUGAACAGAUUACCUGGGAGUGAAUCAUAAAAGAGAGACAAACAGGAGAACAAGAAAAUCAUGUGUAAUAGUUCUGGUCCAAUUUAAACAGAGAAGUAUGUUUAAAUUUCCUGAUCACUGCAGAUGGCAUUUUUUCUUUUUUUGGUGGGGGAGGGAGGGAGAUUCACACAGGGUUUAAUUACUGUGCCUAAGUGUUCUCUAAAUAGCCACUCAUAUUUUAUGCAUAUGCAUCUUCAGUAUUUUUCCUGUUAAAUAUGACUUGAUUUUAUGUUUUGUAACAAGGAUGGUAGAAAGGCCAAAAAGUAGCCAUAUUUACAUUUUACAUCAACUCACUGUGCUUGCGAUUCUAUAGUGCCAGGAAAACAAAGCUGUUUUCCUGGCACUUAUAGGUUUAACAGGUCCCCUCACGCUCCACCUCCCACUUACCUGAGUCCAGCAUCAAUGUCCUUCGGCGCUGAUGUCGGCAGGGGAGACCUAAUGCGCAUGAGAGGCAAUGGCCGCACGUGCAUUAGAACUCCCUAUAGGAAAGCAUUAUUCAAUGCUUUCCUAUAGGGAAAAUCUGACGCUGGAGGUCUGUGAGGACGUCCAGCGUCAGAUAACGGACCAAAAGUCUGUUUGGAUUCCAGAAGCCACAGUUACCUGUUUGAGUGCAUUGUGGUGACUGUUCAAUUUUGCUGAGCCAUGUAUUCACUGUGGUGGUAUCUACCAGAACAAUGUUCAUACCAGCACAGAGUAUAGACACUUUUUUUUUUUUAGAUAAGAGGUGGAAAUUGCACCAGCUCUGUUGAUGGUAGGGUUAUAAUUCACUUUUGGCUUUCCUUGCGGCUUUACUACAUCUUUUGCGUUGCUGGCUGUUCCUACAUAUUUAUAAAAAGUCAGUUGGCACAUAAAUCAUCUUUUGGUAUCUUCUGAACGUAUUUUAGUACGUUACCUAGUAAUUCCUAGUAAUUCCCAAAUGAGCAGGGAAGUGUCAGCCUCUCUCCCAGGCUGGUCUCACUCAAAGUGCCCUGGCACCAUUGAGCACAGUACUUGUGCAUCCAGGGUUGUGUUGUCAUGGCUCUUCUUGGGGGCAAUCCCUGAUGAGGGACACCAGAGAAAAAACCCAGGACAGGAGCCUUAAAAUUGGGCUGGUCCCGCUGGAUUCAGAACUAUAGGGAGGAAUUUGAUUGUUAUCAUAGAAAUGUCUGGCACCUUUAAAAGCCAGGACUGAUAAAGUCUUGGCUCAAAAUUGAGAUCUGUUUGUUAAAACCAUGUUGCUCACAAUCAAGGUUCACACUGAAUGCUAACAGGGUCACUCACUAAAGUGUAUUGAAAUCUGAAUGGUGUAAUUAAAGCUAAAAUAGGCAAGCUGGUUCUAUGUAUGAGUUGAAUUUUUCCAGGUGAGCUGUUUUGGCCUGUAUUUUGCCAUUCAGAUUUCAGUUCCCUAUAGUUUUGCAUUUUAGGGACUCUGAAACCUUUUUCCAAAUCUGUAGCUUUGCUCUUCCUCUUUUAAAAUGGAAGCCUAUAAAUUUCAAAGCUUUUUGGUUUCUUUCACACAUUUUUCUAAAUUUAUCAAAGAUUGCACCGUGAACCCAUUCAUGCAAUUGUUCCAAAAUUAAUGAAAGAGAAAUGACAAGAAUACUUAUUAGUAAAUAACAAGUUUUGAUCAGUACUUGUUAACAUUUCUGUUUGAAUGUGUAAUUGAUUCCUGUCACCUUUUCAUUAUUUACUGGUCCAAAUGGUACAGAUUACUGUUGCCUUAUCAGACGAUCAGUAACCUGUGUAUAUUCAGUUGUAUUAUUAUACCAUUUGUAUAAAUGCCAAUGGCUGCCUUUGUUAUAAAACAAACACUGGUUUCUUCCAAAGCAUUCCACCUUAAAUUACGGAUUUAACGUUGUGGACUUUCUGCCGUUUAACUAAAAUGUCAUGUUUUUCUGACAUUUACCUAGAAAAGCAAGAGAACAAGUAAUCCCUGUUGUGUGAUAGAUCCUACUUGCUCGUUUAUGUUUUUGGAUUAGCUAAGGGUAUUUUUUUUUUAUUUGAAGUUAUUUCCUAGGCCUACUGAUUCCUGUAAUUAUGUGUUUAGCUUUUAGAGGAGACUUUGAGUGAUGCUUUUGUGCAUGUAAGUGGGAUAUGGAGCUUAUCAGUGCAUGUAGAGGUGUUCGGCCAUGUAGUUACUUUAUUUUCUAAGGAUGAAAAGAGAUAACAUAGACGAUGUCUUGUCUUUCAGCUGAUUCUAGACUUCUAUCCCUUCCUUGACAGAUCACAGACAAAUGUCCCUCUGUAAAAAUAACUUUGGAACCUUUAAUUAUCAAGGAGAAUGGACUGUUGGAUACAAAUCCUAUUCCCCACUAUAUCAAAUAAAAUAAGUGCCAUAGAAAUCAGUUUAGUUUCUGUUCCUUCAUAUAUCCUAAAAUUUUGGAAUUAAUUUGCACCAUAUUGCCCCAGUCUUCCUUUGCUAGAUCAUCAUGUUGCAUGGCUUGUGAGGGGAAUGGCUAAGUAAGCUUUUUGUGUAUAUUUAGUAAUAACUGGAUAGUGUGGUUAGUUUUCCUGCUUAUGUGUGUAGACUUAUUGGUAUCCUUAAUCUGCAUGCAGAAACUUCAUUUUAAACACUGAUAUAUUCCAAUGAGUGGCCCAAAAUGAAACCAUUUCAUUGGUUAAUAUAGUAUCUGUCUUUUCCAGCUCCAUUUGUUGUGUAACACUUGACCCUUUGUGUGCGGUCUUCUAUGGAGAUCAUUAGUUCCCUAGCAUUUGUUAUUUCUGUAUAAUUCCUAGAAUAUAAUUAUAUCAUCUCUAAAAAGUGGACCUUUUCAAUAUUAACAAAUUGUUUUGUGUAACCCAUAAAAUAGAAAAAACCUGCACAAUGCAUUACUCUACAUUUUACUGAUAAACAUAAAAUAAGGCAGUCUGGCUAUGGUAGGUAGUAGGACAGUACUUACCAAGCCAGUAAAUUAUAUUUGACCAAAGAAGGAAGUAUUUAAAAAUAAAUAAAUAUAGAUUUAAAAUAUAAUAAUUAUAUUAUAUUUGGGCUUGUGAUCUUGGGUGACGAUAUGUCGUUAACUUGUCACUCACUAAAAUGCAUUAGGUGCUGCUUAAAUCGGUUGCAUAACUCUGACAUGGCUAUUCUUGUCUACUACAGAAAUGUAUUAUAAUUCAAGCAGCCAUGUUGCAUGCUUAACCACUAACAUUAUAAAGUCCUGCAGAACCACAGUUAGUGUCAUCAUGACAGCCUUAACGUAUUUGUGGUCCUGAAAGAUUUAAAGUAAAAAUUUAAAAAUAAGCUUUUAAUCCAGUAUCAGGCAUACCCCACACAGCUUGUUAUUUUGAUUGGCCGGUGGGACUAGUGGACUCUAAAAGUCAGUACAGAUGUGAGGUCACAAGGUUUACAUCAUAUCCGAUAGGCUGCAGGAUAGGAUGCAAACAAGCUACUGAUAUAGUAAAUCUACAAAAUGAUUCUAAAGUUUGGAUUUUCAACGCAUCCAUUAAAGUUGCUACAGUUCUCCAUGCUGUGUACAAUAGCACAUUUAUAAUAUUGUAAAUCCAAUUCAAAACAAUAACCCAAUUAUUUUUAAAUUCCAAAGCUGUCAGAAAUAUUCAGUCAUGCUUAUUUUUCCAUAUUAAUAUUUUCAAAAAGCUGUAGUUGUUUUGGUGACUAUAGUAUCCCUGUAAGGGACACCGAACCUUGGCCUUUUUCCAUAAUGGCAAACAAAUAUUUAAUUUUAUUUUAAUUUAAUUUAAAUUUAAACUGAUUGAGAUACAAUAAAAUAAACAUGCAAAAAAAUAAAGAACUUUUAUGACCGGUAAAAUAGCAAACUCUUUUUUUUCAGCUAGAUGCCAGUUAUGUGUUCAUCACGCCUCCUUUUUGGAUCGAUUUGAAGUUUGCAUAAAAUCGUAUAGGUGAAAAACUAGGAAACCUUUUGUAGAAUCCUAGACUUUGACGUGCCAUAUUACACGUGAACAGUAAACUUAAAACGACUAUCGCUGUAUCGUUUGUGCACAUUGUGAGAAUUCCAGUGUAAGUCCAAAAAAGGACAAAUUAAGCUAGGAAAACCCCAAAUGGAAGAUUGCAGGGUCUGCAGUGCCUGGAAAUUAAAAUUCUCGAUGAGGAAAUAAAUUGGAAUUAAAUGAGGAAUGAGGCAGUGUUAUGAUUAAAAGAAAUAAUAAUUUUACACCAUAAUUCAUCAACAGAGGGAUGACAUAGACAGAUCUAUUUUAAUCAUUUUUUUGGGCUACUGCAGACGAGUUUCCAUAUUUGAUGCUCCUACCCAGCUUUAUGCACAAGAUACCCAACAGUGAUCAAAUUGCUAAAACCUAUAGUGAGCAGAUUAUACUUUAUAGCAAUGCAAGUGGAGAGGCAAACUUGUAUUCCAAAAUUACUUUAAUCUUGGAGUUUUAUAUCUGACCCUUAAAGUCAUCGUUAAAAUUGUUGCUCAUUAUAAAACCAAGUCUCAUUGUGCAGUGUAUUAUGUAGGUAGGUUUUCCAGAAGAGCACAUAGUUACUUUAGAUGACCGUUGCGCUGAAAUUGAGAUCCAUGUCUUUAAAAUUAGCACUUUUUUUGAUGUUUGCCUUGGCAACGCAGACCAAAAUCGGAUUAAAGAUAAUUUUAUUUGAGAUUUCUAUAUGUGUUUUAUAACAGUUUAGCAUACCAAUGAAAUUAGGUUAAUUUGUCGGAGAUGUAGCUGGUAACAUAUAUAACAUAUAUACGUAUUAGACAGUUUAUAGCAGAAAUUCAUAGUUUAAUACAGAAUAUAUUAUAUGCCUCCAUUACGAUAGAAAAUUUAUAAAUUAUUGAAUAGCUGUUGUGUUGUAUUAAGGUGAGACGGGUUCUAACUUACAUCUAAGUAAUGUGCAUUUCAAGUAGGCAGCGUUCCUGAGUGUGUGAUCUGUCUAACGGAAAAAGAUCACGCAGUACUUUGGGAUCUUUUCUAAGGUGAUCCAUAAAGUAUUAUUGCUGCUAAUGUGUUGCACUAUUUAGCCUUUGCUUUGCUUGUAUGAGCUAUUGUCAUUUUUAUAAGGAAAUUGUGGUGUUCUAGAACUUUUCAAACCUCAAUGUUUCCCCUGUUGGUGGAUUGCAAUUCAUAAAAGUCUUUGCCAGCCAAUCUUCACAAGCUUGAAUUGGCAAUAUAGUCCGGUGGAACUGUGUUCGUUCCACUGUCUUUAGUUCCAUUGUCUUUUACUGUAUAGAAAAAAUAAAUCUAUAUAUCAUUUAGGUGGACACUACUUUUACCAUUAAAUAUUUUUUCUUUUCUUUUUUUUCCUUUUUAUCAUUUGUAUCUUUCUGUUCAUCAUAUUUCUCCUCUGCUAAAACGUUAUAGAAAAAUAAAUUAAACAGCAGACAUCACCAGAGUUUUCGAUGUUUGCAAAGACAUUUAAUCAUAAACUGGAAAAUGUGAUUGCAUUUUAAAAUAAAAUUCUUAAAAAUCAUGAGUUUGCAACACGCAAAUAAUAUAGUAUUAGACCGUCCAGUUGUACUUUCUCCAAGGCUGUGAUAUAUAUAAUUCUGUUUUCAGUUUGCACAGAAGACUUUAUUUAGUUAGCAGUAUCAAAGAAAAGAAAAGAGGAACAAUGAGACACUGCUUUUCUUGACGCAGUCUAUUUUUAAUGUCUGGCAUAUGGUUUUAGCCCCUAAACAGAUACAUCAAUUACUAUUAAAAUAUCCAGCUUUUUUUCUGCAGCUUUAGAUGCUAAAAGGACGAUCACUUGCUGUAGCAGUGCUUACUAACAUAGUUAUUAAAUCAGAAAUCAUCAAUCGCACUAGACAAUAUUCAAUGUUCCCACAAGACUACUUUGUAAUAUAAAAUAUAUUGGUAUCUAUGAUAGAAACUUAUUCAUAGAGACCCAGAUUGUUACAAGCCCACUCUCACCUUUAUGUCCUUUCCAAACUAUACUUGUUGGGGCGUUACACGUUAUCGUGGUGCCCUGUGGACUCCAGUGCAGUUUUACUUACUUAUUGUGCAAUGCAACUCUGCGAUACCGCUAAAUAGACUGCUGUGCAUUCACAUUUAGUUUGUUAGUACAUCACAUUCAUCACAUUCUAGCUGCUUUUAACUGCAUACAAUAUUAUUUGUUUAGUUUGCUGUGUUGCAGAAUUGAAUUAACUUACUGAGUCAAGGCCAUUGUGUGGGUGGUAGCUUAUUUUUUUAGAGCUGGAAGACUGCUUGGGUACAAAGAUUGAUCUUCUGCCAACCACAAAUUUCUAUAUUCCUACAGCGAUCAUUUAAUAGAUACUGACACUCUGGCAAAUUAAGCAAUUUUAUUGGCAAUGCUUGCUUAGAGUAUUUUAUUUCAGAGCUUUAGAGUUUAUUGCAACAAUAAAGGACAUGGUUAGACAAAAAUUAGCUCUUCACUUACCUCUCCCUUAAUGCACUGCCAGCCAAUGGUUUUCUGGCAAUGUAUCAUGAGUGAUGUAUUUUCAUAGCAGCUAGAGAGCUACUUUGUCUUCCCAUGAUAUGGUCAUGAUUUUUUUUUUUUUUAAAUGUCUGUUUUCUAUGUUGCCAGUAUUCCUCUAUGAAGAAUACUGUUACUUUCAUGUGCACUUUUUAUUUGAAUUUGAUGCAAAUAUUCCUUAUAUCAGUAAGAUGUAUUGUAAAUGUAAUUUAUCAAUCAUUAUAUCCAGAUUUUAUACAUAGUGAGUUAAUCAUCAGAUAUGUGAACAAUGAGUGAUGUGAAUCUUCAUUCUUAAAAACUCAUCAAUGUUCUUGUGUUGUUUUUAAAUGUCUUUAUAUUUAAAUGUAUCAAAUAAAAAGCCUUUCCAGUGUAAUAUAAACAUAUUUUAUCAUGAUGAAAUUCUCCAAACACUGUGCAGUACACACCAGACAGGCACAUAUUUUACUACUGAGCAGUAGCUAGCAUUGUAGUCCAGCGCUGAUAUUUAAUAUACCGGCACUACUGUCUGGUAUGUUCGCAUUAACCCUUCAUUUUUGUUGGGUUUGAUAAAUGCUGCCUGUCAUCUAAAAACUACUUUACAGCAGAAAAAUAGAGCUUUGAAAUAGUUUGUUUCUAUAAUUUUAGAGGUUUACGAAAGUUUAAAAUCCACUUAUAGUAAAAAAGGAGCCUGAACAAUAUAUUUUCAACUGUGCACCACUCUAGUCGAAUUCCCAACAAAUGUAUAAAUCAUAUGUCACAAUAUUGAAUAUUGUACUUUUUGCCUACUUUACAGUCUGCUUAGAGGUAUCAACUAUGCCUCUCAUUGCUAUGCAUUGUAUCCUGUGAUUCAUGUCUAAGCAUUGUGAGAUGUGUGCAGUUGUAAGUUGUAUACUUGUGCCGCGUACAUAUUUGAAUCUGCCGCCAAUUAAACUAGCACAAUGUAGAGAUGUAAUGCAAUGAUUUCCACAAAGCUGAUAUAGUCAUUGAAAUAACUCCUAUUUGCAUACUGCCCUAGUAUUGUUUGGACAGUCCCCUGUUUUGAUCCCUGGAAAUGUCGUCCUGCAAUCUACAUGGUAAUACAAUUUGUAGUGAUCAGUACUACUGCAUACCACUAAGUGCAAACUGUUCUGCCCGGUAGGUUUCAGACCUAAAUAACAAUUGAAUUACAAACUGUGUCUGGCACUGAUUAGUGCAGAGCUAACUUGCUAUAGAUCAGACAUGCCACUUAAUAUUUUAAAACGCUACUAAUAUUGUAAAGCUACAGAAUAUGCUGGCGCUAUAUAAAUACCAGUAACAAUAAUAAUAAUAAUAAUGCCCCUCCCUGCUCUCUUACUCUUGUCCCAGCUCAAUACUUGCCUAUGUUGGUAUUUAUACAUUUUUGUCUACUUACUUUUGCACACAGUGAUUUCAUGACAUUUAUGGCAAACAGACUUACUUAGUUACUAGUUAGAAAACUUUACAAAAUACACAAAAUGCAUAACGUACCAGGAAGUAAGAUGUGUGCAUGUUUCUAAAUAUUGUGAUGUGGUAAGCACCAGCAGGAAGCGCUACAUGGAAGAUGAGCCUAAAUGCCUUAAACCUCAUCAUACAAGAUUUAAUAGCCAGAGUUUUCCCUAUACUAGUCUUUCUUAAUUCCUGGCUACCAAGACCCAACUUUAGAUUCCCAUGUUAUUUCAUUGGGGUCACAAUAGCUAGAACAGGCACAUCAAUAUGUUCAUCAGACCUCAGAACCGGCUCACAAUAAAUUGUUUUCUAUAAAAUCGCUCCUUUUCAAUGCAGUGGAGCCAAAUAUCAAUGACACUGUUAAGAGUGUAAUUACAGAGUUUUGCAAAAGUUAUUUUAUUUUACAGUACAGAUGAAGAAUGGGUCAAUGAGCUGAUUUGAAAACUAAGAGUGGGUCACCAAUGCAGUGCUAUAUAUGUAAUAUGCUCUGUUUAUGAUUGUAAACUGGUUCUCAGGCGUUCUUCUGUACAGAUAGAUGUCACUGUUUUAUUCAUUAUUUUCUGUUUUAGAGAAUUAAACACAACCCAGUAUUUUUCAGAUUUUGGGAAGUGGUUAGUGAACAAAUGGCUGUCUGUGUGAAUUUGUAUACAUAAGCGUGUGUUACCAAGUUUGGAAUUAGAUUAGUGAUUUAGUGAUUAGUCUUUUUAUGUGUUUGUUUAGCUACAACUUUAUGGACCUGCUUAGAGGGUUUCUUUAACUAUCCAGAGGAUAGGUGGCCAAUACAGCAUCAAUGUGACAAGUUGCUUUUCAACAUGGCAGCCCUAUUAUAGAGGUCUUAAUCUGCUUCUGACAUUCGCCCACCCUCAGCUACUGACAUUCGCCCACAGUGUUAUAGUGAAAACCAUUUAGUGUGAGAGUUAAAGAAACCCUACACCUCUCCUCUGGUUUAGUGAAUGAGACACUAUAGAAUUUAUUCACUAUUCACUUAACAGUGGUGAUAAGUUGACAAUGGGUUGAAGAAUUUAGACCAUAUUUGUGAAACAAAUACUUAGUUGAGUCGGAUUUAUUUUCCCGCUCUGGUAUUGUGGUCUGAUAUUUUGUCUUUUUGUCAAUGCCUCUCUAACUAUUUAGUGAAUAGACCUCCUAGGUCCAUACAUUAUGUGUGUGUGCCAUCUGGUAUGUUCUGUCUACUUCAUUACAUUUCCUUUGCAGUGCCAAAAUGUGUAAAGAAAAUUAAAAUGUAUUCUUGAGAAAUACAGGGUAUGUGGUAAAUGUUAGAAUUUAGAUCACUUUUACAGAACUUGUCAUUAAAUGUUCAGUGAAAUAUGAUUUAAAAUGUAAAUUUUAUGAAGAGUAAGUUUUGGUUGCAUUUUGCAUGGUCAAUAAAGCUGUCUACUUAUAAUAUGUGUUUUGACUCUUGAACAACCUGUGCUGUUUUAUAUGAAUUAAUGUGGAUGGUGACAGAUGGACAUGACCAGCAAGUAUUCAUAUCCGUUUGAUGUGCACAACAAGAUUAUGGUUAUUGGAUAACGUUUUCCAAGGAAAGUGAGUAAACAUGGUUUGCUACUUCUCAUUGAAGGGGUUAUAGUGUCUGGAGUGCCAUGGCGCUGUCCUUCUAGUCAGAACCAUUUUUAAUUAUUUAAUACUAGAUGAGAGUUCCUGGCAGACAAUCCCCUUAUUAUUUCUUGGGCUUAUGAGGAAGUAUUAGCCUGAACAGCAAUGGAUGGCUGUGGUGAGCUGAAAGCAGUCAGCUGACACUUUCAGCUAAUCACAGCCAUCAUUGCUGGUAUGAAUUGUUGUAGCUACAAGGAAGUGUGUAAUCUCUACAUUAAACCUACCUCCGGUAGGUGCUGGGCUUUGGGUGACC